UAUUCCAAAUGUUUGAAACUUAAACCAUGCCAUGAGUCUGGAGAAAUGGUGGAGCUCAGGUGAAACGGACAAGGAGUGGGGAAAAGACUUAGCAUCCGUGCUUUUUUUUAAAAAGGAGUAUGUUUACCUGUGAAAAUACUAAAUCAAUUUUGACAUUUCAUACAAAUGGACAAGCAAACUCUUUAAUCUUUAAACAUCAACAUUGCUGUGGAAAGAAAAAUGAAAGUUUAGGAUAGUUCUAAAUCCUCAGUCCCGCAUCACUGUCUUGUGAGUAUUGGAGUGAUCGUUCUGUGAUAUUUUGGCAGUAGACAAAGCUGUAAUGUAACUUUUGUAUUAAUGUUUGUUUAAAGAAGGGGAUUGUUCUAAAUAAACAAAUUAGGUAUAAAUGUUUUACUUGAACUGAAAGCUAAAUUAUCUUCAAGACCACCCUGAGAUGAAUUAUUUUACAGAUUAAAUCGGCAUCUCCAGUAUGAUUUCCUGUCCGCGAGCCUCACUGAACACAGUGGAGUUCUUACUUCUGAGUAGACAUAUAUAAUAUUGGACUGUGCAGGUAUUACUUGAGUCUGAUGGGGCUGUAGCAUAAUUUUUAAAGGAUGAAAUCAUUUUAUUAUGACAGUGAAUUGUUGCAGAAACAGAUUGAGGGUGGGGAGGGAGAGAGACAAAAAGAGAAAGCUCCUCAAGUGUUUUCAAAAGAAAAUAAAUGCAGCAUGAUAAUGAAUUACAUGCCCAACAGUACAAAAUCUGGCUUUUAUGCUUUGCAACAUUAGCUUGUGGAUGUGUGCAACAAAUUGCAUAGUUUCCCAAGGCUCAUGGGAUUUAAGUAUAGUAAAAGCUCUGCUGUUACGAGCAGGUGUGAAAUGGUGUUUUUCCUUUAUUACUGCAUCAGCUGGCCUUUUCUUAAACUCCUUACAUGCCUUUACAUGAACAAUCAAAUGUACUUUUUUAUAUGGGUGUCUUCUUGUGCAUGAAAGUCCAAAGAAAAAGAUAAAUGGCUAGGUUGUAAAUUAUCUAAAAUAGCAUCGUAACCAAAUUGUACAACUAUUUUGAGAACUUUUUAUUUUAAUCCAUAUAGAUUAUGGAUGUGCAUAUAGUAAAUGAGCUGCGGGAAUUUGCCAUCAUAGCCCCAAAUCUCAUGACAAUCUCUGAGGAUUUUCUCACCUAGCUCAGGGUAUGCAUACUGAUGCUUUGGGAUAUAGACUCUAAUUCAUGCACCUACUCAGUUAUGCAGGAUAAAAUACUAUAACUGUUUGUCAUAUAUCACUUGCAGAGUACUUCAUAGUCUUCAUUGUGGUUUUCUUGCACAAUAACCUUAUGAGGUAGGCACAAAGGAAUCAUGGUAGAGCAGUGAUUUCCCUAAGGCCACAAAAUGAGUCUGUGUAGGAUUUGAACCCAAAGCUCUCAGACCCAUAUACUCCUCACUGUAUCCUGGUAGGUCUAAACUGAAGCCAUUUAAGUUGACCUUUAGUAAUAGGACAGCUCUAUACUAGGAAUACAGGGAUAUAAAAUUACUGCCUUUGUGACAAAAAGACUUUAAAGAUCAGAAGUUACGUUACUUCUAUGAAAACCAGUUCAGAUGCAAAAAAUAAAAAAUAAAAAUGUUAAUAUAGAAUUUAUAGUAGGGUGGUUUCAUGCUAAAUAUCUAAAUUUAACACAUACUUGAAAAUGGCUAGUAUCACCAUCACAUAAGUAAGGAGGGAUAGAAGCAAGCCAGGAUUAAUCAUGUAAGUAACACAGACUUCAACAGGAAAGGUUUUUUUUUGGUUGUGGUUUUUUUUUACCAACAACCAAAACACAAACAGUGAAAACCCCCAGGUGGCUGAUACAUUGGGUAUACAUAAACAAUAAUAACAUAUUCAAAUCAACCAUAUGUACAAUUCUAUAUACCUUAACACUCCUCCCUCCACAAGGUUUAUUUAACUUUUAACAUUUUAAUUGCCCCAAAUUGUUCAAACCUGCCCAAAUAAGUCAAUAUUUUCUCAAACCAAUCCUCCUCCUUCUCACUGACCUGAAACCCUUUCAUUUUAUGUAUCUCCACAGUUAGAUAUUCUAAGAUUAUAAUAUUUUUCUAUUUUUCCCUCCAUUGGUUCACCCCUAGCUCUUCUGCAUUUUUCCAAUUACUCGCUAUAACCUGUCUGGCUGCAAUUACCAUCAAUUUUACCCAUUUACAUUCCUCUUUUGUUUCUAACUCGGUGCUACUCAGGCUAAUAAGAACCAUUAAUUUAGAUAUUUCCACCUUCCUACCCAGAAUUCCCGAUUCAACAGGAAAGUUAAGCAUGUGCUACUGAAAUGUCUGGGCUUGCACAACAAUCCUAAACAUGACUACUCAGAGGUGAGUCUGUCUGAUAAAGUUCAGAGGGGGUCACUUUCCAAUAAAUGGGUGGUAAAGAUAGGAAACUGCCUUAUACCAGCUUAAACUAUUAGUCCAUCUUGCUCACUAUUGUAUAUAUACUUACUGGCAUCAGCUGUUCAGGGUUCCAGACAAGUCUCUGCUAUUUCUUUGUGAAAAUGCCAGGUUUGGAACCCAGGAUCUUUUGCAUGAAAAGCAUGGCCUCUUCCAUUGAGCUAUGGUCCUUCCUCGGCUUUAAAAGAAUUUAGACUGGCUAGAUUACACUGUGUGUUUUUGAAAACACAACACAGUAGAUUCCUACUGGUAGAAAUCUAAAUUAGGAAACUCAAUGGUGCCUCUCAAUUGUUUUGUUUUUAAUGUGAAAGCUUUUUAAAAAAUUAAAAAGCAAAUUUCUAAUGAAGCUUGAUGUUGCAGAUAGCUGGGAACAGCCAACAAGAAAAGCUGUCAUUUUGCAUUGUAAAUGAAAAUAUUGCGAUCUUUAAAAUAUACAUAAAGUCUGCUGGAGAAAAUGAAGAAUAGUUCUUUUGUCAGAUAAUACUUAAACUCACCCCACCCCACCCCAAAUUAACUGACUAGUGUCCAAUGAUCCUGGCUACAAUAGUGGCUUCAUUUCCUGCACUGCAAGGCUAGUUCAUUCCCACAGAGAAUCCACUUCUCAUUUUCCCAUUGCUUAGAAAUACACACCCCCUGAAAGUUGGAAUCAUGCAUCUUACUAAGUAUUUCAGUUAUGCUAUUGACGUCAAUGCAGUCAUUAAAUAGAUUGCUGGCCCUCCCAACAGUAAGCUUGUGCCAAAGACCUAGAGGCAGACACGUUUUAAAAGAAGAACAUCAGGUUUUCUUUUUAGAAGUUCAGAAAAAUACGAGGCAGCGUUUCUCCCUUCACGUCCCUCUGCUUCACAAUCCCUCUUACGUCUUUUAGAAAAUUUCGUUGCUUUUCAUUGUUGGUAGAUUCGCUCAGGGGUUGCCAUUCUGUUACUAUGUACAUAAACAACCUUAAAUGAGAGACUUAAAGAGUAGUUUCUUGUGAUCAGCUCCGACUGAAAAGCGACGCUAAUUUUACGUUCUUGUAGAUGGAUUUGCUUACAUAUAUCAUGUAACAUUAAGUCAGCCAAACCUUUUUAGCCUUUGACUCCAGACGUUCUUCAAGGAUUGAUUUCAUGGAGUCUAUUAAAAAAUCGCUGCCAUUUCUCCUCAGCGAGCCUCCUGUGGGCUCUGAAGAUGUGUAAGCCAAUCACGGUUCCAUAGCAACCGAUGUAAACUGUUCCCUGUCACCCACACCUGUGGACUCUCAUGUUAGGCAUUCCACACGUGCUACACCCAUCAUGCCCUCAGCCAUUCCACCCAGUCCAACUGCCAUCUAUGGCAGCUGAGCAAGCAACAGUGAUGUCAGUGGGACUCCCCGAGCGUAGCCAAGGAACCCUUCUGAGGUUCCAGAGGGGAGGAGGGGAGGCAAGCGCUCUUCCAAGACGAGAGUGACUGACAGAUUCAUUCAUUAUGUUAACCAGGGCAAUACAUACAUCCUAGAGCUGCCUGCCCCAUCCUCUUUAGAUACACAGUGCAGGAUAUGCAGCUGUCCCAGACAGAAUGGAUCUGACAGGCAAGAGUUUUCUUUAAAAGGCCUUUUAGAGCUCCACAACGGAGGAUUAUAUGGCACCCUUAAACAUGUGGUGGACGACCUUACCUUUUGAUGGAACAAUCAGGUAUGUUUUACAACGAAAGCACUAGAAUUGUUUUCUAGCGAUUUGUAGGUAAUCGAGCCUCUGCUUUAUUGCCAUUUGCCCUUCCUUAUUGCUCCCUGCUUUUUUCAGUCUGUUAGGAAGAUUCCUCCAUGUAGCAAAGCCAAGUUCCUUUCAUAAUGUGCUCCAAUGUAAACAGGAGGGCUCCAGCAUCACUUCAUACUACAUUUCUUAAAAAACCCACCGAGCUGAAUUCUGAGUUUUGUAUACCAUAUGCAGACAGACUCAACCUUGAAGAAAAGAGUCUGUCUGAAAGUGAAGGCCUGGGUUAAUUAAAUGUGCUUUAUUGAGAGUGGUGAUAGCUUUUAUACAGUGACGUGUUUCCCCCCAAAACUGACAUUUCUUGUCUCGAGGUGAUUUCAGGCCUCCAAUUUACUUACUUACUAACUUGCAUCUAUACAUUUCCAUGUCCAAAUGAGAACUUCAUUGGACUCUUGUCACCUGGGGCUGAUUCAGAGCAGUGAUCCUUUGAGCCAUCCCAGCAACCUAUCAUCCUGGCCUCACAGAUUGCCAGCUAGGAAUGGGAAGGGUGAAAUUUAGGAGCCUCAAAAUAAAAGAAGGGGUGCAUAUCAACAGUGUGUCUGUAAGGAAGGAUUUGCACAUGCCAGAUAUUUAAUAAAGCAAAUUUUUAAGUUGUGUGAAAUCAAAUUCAAAAUACUAUGUGUAUAUAAACUUCUGAAGCUGAGUUUUAGAGAAUGAGAACUACUGCUGAUGACUCAUUCAAGCACUGGGAAAGUAGGUUGUAAUGAUUAGUCAAAGUUCUUUCUUUAACUCUUGCUGUUAUGGGCCAUAUCCCAUGCCUUCAGUUUUCCUAGCUCCUUCUGAUGUCAGCACCAGUCUGGAAAACCUGGGACACGGCUAGAAUCCAUUAUUGCAUUAUAUGAUUAUGAGGGCAUGAAAAGUUUACUUCUGAUGCUACCAUUCGCUACAGAAGAAGACUAAAAGUAGUGCCUACAUGUACUACUUGAGUUGAAUUUUUAUUUUUAUUUAAUUUGUUUUCAAUUUUAUAUUUAAAUUUAAAUUCCAUAAGGACUCCUGAGCCACUUUAUGCAGUAAGUUACAUUAAAACCAUAUCUAACAAUAAAAAGCAACAAUAAAGACAGCAUAAGCAAAAUCAGUUAAGUGGAUAUAGCAUUAGGAACAACUACGUAUAUAAAUCCACCAGAUAUUUUGCUAACACCCAGAAACUAUAGAUUAGAAUUUUUAAGUGUCUCUUGGAUGACAGUUCACCUUAUUUUUUCAAACUUUAAUUUGAAAGGCAGACUUGCUGUUUUUGCUUUACCCUGUGGAAAAUAGGUUCAUGCUAUUAUCUAUGCGGUUAUUAAUCCCUGUGAACUAAACAAAUAAUACAGUGGUUUAGCUAGGUAAUUUGAGAUGAGGGGGCUUUAGCUGGUCAUGUAAAAUUUUUCUCUCUCCCACUGCUAUUCCAUAUUUUAAAAACUUCUAGAUUCCUGAUUAUCUGUGUGGGUGGCUAUUUGAGAGAGAGAGAGAGAAAUUUCCAAUCUUUUUAAAAAAUAAUAACAACUUGGAACAUGUACAAUUUAGCAUUUUAAACUCACUUAAGUGUCAUUGUAUAAUCAUGACUGCUUUGUUGAUUCCAAACACAUUUACUUUGGAAGAAGGACAAUUUUGUUGUAGAAACAGAUAAUAGAUUCCAAAAGUAAAAAUAAUAAAAUGAGCAUCUUUAACCAUAUAUAUAUAUAUAUAUAUAUGAGAAAAACAUCUCUAGAUUGGUGUUUUAUUGUGGGCAUCUUCUGCAACAUGUUCUUUACAUAAUAAUAGUAGUGGAUUUAUUCUGCUUUAGAAGUUGUUCUGUGAUGCUCCUCCAAUGUUACCACAUUAUUGAUGUCUGGAGGAGCUAUUGCACAAGGAAAGCAGGACAAAAAUAAAGUAAAAUGACUGUGGUAUGAAAAAGUAGCAGGAUAUGCAGUGGCUGAAAGUGAAGCAGUGUGACCACCUCAGAACUUAUGUAGGUGCGAACUGUAUCAAAAGCGGGAUUGCACCUGACCUUCCCAGUAGCAUCAUGAGCACAAGUCAUCAUGGAUGUGGACGCACAACAGUGUUUGUGAAACAAUAAACAUACAAGACAACUCCAGCAUGGCCAUGUUGGCCCAGGUGUUGAUGUGGGGUGCUUUGCUAGUGCCCUCAUCACCUUCCAUUCUCAGAAUUGUCAAGGUGGAACUGUGAGGCCCUGGACCUCAGCCUCUUGUUUGAGCCCUAACUGCACCAUUGACGUAAUGUAUGGAAUACUGCACCAAGUUCAUUCCUCACUAGUUAGCAAAUCUUAGAAGAGUCUGUUCUUAAGAAUGAGUCACUCAGGCUCCCGUAGUUAACAGUGCCGCCCACCACAGUCUUGGGCAGAUUUACUCAGGAGCAACUUCGGCUGUAUCCUGUGGGGUUUAUUCUAAAGCACGUUUAGAAUUGCAACCUUACAGAGCAAUCCUAGCAGUUGGGUGUGUUGUUGUUUUUUAAUUGAUCUUUAAAUUGCAUUAUAUGGCUGACAUGUUGUGACUCUUAAAUAGCAAAUUGUCACCAAGGGUCAAGAUUCCAGGGCAGGCAUAAAGUUCUCAUGGGCUGUUUGCUAUUCGAAGAAAGUAAAGAAGUCUUAGGUAACUGGAAAUGUUAAAAUAACUUUAAAUAAGCAAUGAGAAACAAGAUCCAGUAUUUUUGUCUAGGUUUUUUUUUUAAAAAAAAAAACAAAUCCUUUAAAAACCCCACCAUUAUAUUACAGCAUAUUAUUAACAUUUAUAUGAAACUACUAGAUGAUGUUGCCUAUUUCUCCACUAUGUGAAGGUGAUUGUUGGAUGGGUUGAGUGUAUGUACCAGCCUUAACCUGUAGAGUUUUCUGAGUUGCCACUAAGCCCAAUAAGAAAGAAAAAAAAGUUAAACAACCCAGUUAAACUAAUUAAAAAUUAAAUAACUGAAGGAGGGUUCUUCUAGUUCCUGUUCAUCCCUCUUCCUCUCUGAUUUAGUUGGCAAUAGAUUAUUUUUAAAACUGAUUUCACCACAAGAGAAAAUGAAUUUCAUUAAAAAUGCAUCAAAACCACAGGCAUUAAACCACAGUUUUGUUAGUCAAGGAUGGUUAAAUUGCUAAAAAGUGAUUUUAGAAACAUUCUUAGGUCUAUUAGCAGACUUUUAUUUUUAAGGAUUUUUUUUUCUGAGCUGCUGAUUAUGGAUGAUUCCAUUGUGUACAGAAUUACAGUGUUUCAGCAAGCUUUCGUGCAUGUAACAAACAAUAAUGAUGAGAGAAAACUCUGAGAACAUUGUCAUUAUUUUAUCAUGUGUGCGCCAGAAAAUGCAGGUGUUUAACAUGCAAGAAAUAGAUUUCUCAUACGCACUCAGAAGCUUAUUUUGAUGCAUAAAAUAAAUGCUUGAGGUUUCAUUCUUCAUUUAAUCCGCGUACAACCUAUGAGCGGACCUAAAUAAAGAUGUGGAUUAUCAAGACAUAUUUUCAUAGAAACAGAGGCCAGUGGAUAAGUAGCAAGUUAUUGACAACAUCUCAUGAACAUUCAUAUUUGCUAAUUGCCUCCAGCCUGGGACAGGGACUCAAAGUGGCUUACAGCUAUAAAAUAAACAGCUAAAAACAUAGGGGGAAAGAAAUCAUCAAAGAAAAUAAAAGUAAACAUUAAAACAUACACAUUAUUACAAUAAAACAUCACAGUACCAGCCCUUUCCUUAAAAGCGGUCAGUUCCCAAAGCCUGUUGGAACAAGAAAGUCCACUCCUACUAGUGGAAGGACAACAAGGAGGGAGCCGGUCUAAUUUUGGCUGAGAGCCCAGGAAGACCUGUUCCCUGCCUUGCUGGCCUUCUCCUACCUGGCCUGGGAGGAAAGGAGACUGCCUGCCUGCCUUCAGCUACGAAAGCUGCUGAACAGGCUCUUUGGCUGUGGUAUUGUUUAGAGCUUUUGGUUGGGGUUUAUUGCUGCUGUUAUUGAUACUGAUAUUAUUUUUGUACCUUUUUUUUUUUUAGAUCCAUCAUAUGAUUUAUGUGGCUAUUGUUUCCAUUUGGUUGUGUACUUUUUGGUAUGUUUUAUCUAUUUUUGUUAUGUUUGUAAUGAUGUUACUCUUGUUGCAAGCCACUUGAGCAUGGUUAUAGCUAUGGAAAGGCGACAUACAAAUAAAAUGAUGAUGAUGAUGAUGAUGAUGAUUGACGGCAAUUUCUCUAGGAAAGGAGUUCCAAAAUCUGGGAGCACCUACCAAGAAGGCCUUCUCCUGCAUCACUAUCAAGUGUGCCUGUAAGGGGGUCAGGACUAAGAGAUUCAUAAAAAUGAAACCAGAUUCAUAAAAAUCAGUGGACUUUUUAACAUAAUUAAAAUAUAUUUUACCCUAUUUGCUUUGUUUCAUAUACUGCCUUAGUCAGGGAUUGUUAUGUCAUCUUUCCAUAAGCAUUUCUAAAUGGAUUGACAAAGGGACUUGAAACAUUGUGAUAAGGAAGCAAGGACGUUUUGAAUUUUGCCCACAAAGUAUUAAUGCCUCAGCCUAGUUCUUUAUCCUGGCAAUGAGUUCUGCCAAGAGCCAAAUGCAGGAAACAAUGUACUGAGGCUGCCACAAAUCAGAAAGAAAAGUGACAGCACUUGUAUGGUGCCAAAUGGAAGUAGCAAAAUGCAGGAAACAUUUUGUCAAAUGUCACUUAGCAAUGAUAUCAUAAGGGGAAUCAAGGAAUGGGAUUUGCCUGCAUACUAGAAAUACCACAGUCAAUGGAUAUGUAGAAGCAGAAAUAGCCAAGACUACAGAGACUUAUCUUCGGACAUUGAAUGAAAACGAAAGAUUACACAGAUCUCUCUCCCAGAGCAAAUGGUUGAUUCAUCGCAUUAUCAUUUUACUGCCUUGGCUUAGUUCUUCAGCACCCAGCUGAAUUCUUGUGUAUGUUCAUGAAUCAUGGAGGAAAUGAUGAAUUGCUUGUCUGUCAAUUCUAACAAAAAGUUAGAACAUUGAGGAAUAACUCUGCAGGUUAACAAGUGCAUCUUUUGGGAUAACAUUUCAAAAUGAAGUAAAUUGCUUUAAAAUAUAUAAAGAAAACAGAAUUAGCGGAGGAGAGAGUAAAUGGUUAUUAAAGUAAAACAAUAUAUUCGAAUCAGGCUAAGUAUUAAUUUAUUGGAACUCAAAGAUAACAGCAUGGAUCAGACAACUGAAAUAGUUGAUUGCCAAGACCUCAGAGCUCUGCUGGCUCCUAUUGAUUCUAUAAGGCUUUCGUCCCGCCUCCAGCUGUAGGUGUAGUUCUUACAUCAAAUUGUGAUCGCUGAUAGUAUAACUUCUUUUUGCUUGGUGGUGUCAGGUCCUUUUGCAAAAACAUUGCUCUGCAGUUGGACUUUGUCAUAGGCUUCCACUGAAGUGCCGUGUACAUCAGCUGAGUUAUGGUCUUCCUAGAUUUUCAGAGUUGUGUCAUCUACUUUUGAAAAAGCUCAGAAGCAUUUGUAAUCCCAGGUGGCAAGAUUUCGAAGAAUAUUUGGUUUAUCCAAGGUGCUUGUCAAAAACCUACUUGGAGCACUGAGGCACAGCCUUGCCUGUCUCAGAUUUAAUAGAAAAAUAGAGCUGGGUGUUGUCAACAUACUGAUGACAUUGCGCCCCAGACUUCCUGAUGAUGGUUCCUAGUGAUUUUGUAUAGAUGGUAAAUGGGGACAAAAUACUGCCCUGCAUGAUGAACACAAGCUGCUCCUCAUUCUAACUUGUUUGUAUGGAAAAGCAUAAAAGAUUUAAUAGGUGACCCACUAGGCUGUGUAAAAGCAGUUUUAGCUUAUGCUGGUUGAGGAGUUUUGGAAUCCCUCGUAAACCUCCUCAUAAAUAAGUAUUACAUCAGCUUCUGCAUCUAUUUUGAAAUUAAGGAUUGUCCCACAAAUAACUAAGUUUACUCUCCAGGGUGGGAUGAUGUCUUUACAAAAUAUGGAGUCUAAGAAAAACUAGCUGCCCGCUACCAUUAGAUAUGCUAUACAUUUUGGCGACUAAUUAGGCGUGAACUUUCAUACAUAUCAAUUACACAUACUCAUUACUGCAGGUAAAUUCCCCUGCAAGGCAAUUACUAUGUGGAAGAUAUUUGACAGGAACCGCAGGGACUUCCUCUAUUGGGAGUAUCCUUAGCUUGAACCACUGUAGCUUCCUCUAUUAUUUCCUUGCAGUGUCACCAUGCUUGUUGUUCAGAACAAAACCAAAACGAAAUACACGAUUCAUGCAGAGUUCCAGCUGAACCAAGCUCCUUGGUAUCUUUGGGCAAACCCCUUGUAAUAUUGAGCUGAUGGUAGAAUCUUGAGAAAUGGUAGUUCCCCCCUUUCCCCCCCUCUUUUUUUAAAAAAAUGAUAUUUAUUAAGGAUUUUAAAAUUACAGAAAAAACAAAAAAUAAAAAGAAAGGGGAAAAAACAAAGGAAAAACAAACCACAAUCCAACAAUACAAAUUGAUAAAAAUCAAAAUCAAAAAAUAACAACAAAACACAUAACAGAGCACAAUCAAAAAGUAAAAAUAAGCCACAAAAAUUUAAAAGCAAAUCCAGUAUUCUCAAAUCCUUAACUGUCAUUGCCUUCUUUCAUUGACCUCCUCACUCCUCCCUUUUGUUGUAUCCUAGUUGUUAAUUGUCACAGCAAAUCCUUUCCAUAUUUCAUAAUAUUCUGUCAUUACAUUACCUUAAUCUAUUUUAAUCUUAUCUUACUAUAAAAGACCUUAAAGCUUAAAGCUUAGAUCUUAUUUAUACUAAUUUCUCCUAACCAUAAUAUUCUUACAUAAUUCUUUAAACAUUUUUGCUAAAGCCAAAUAAUUUCAUUCCAACAUUUUUCUAACAUUCAUCAAUUUUAUAAAACAAUCCUAAUAAAAAAAAUUUUUUUUCUUCCAAUCUUCAUCCAGCGUCUUUUCCUCCUGGUCCCAGGUUUUGUCAGUCCUUUCUAUCCCAUCAAUCUAGCGCAUUAACCUGGUAAUCUUAUGUCCGAGGCCCUUAAGUCCCUUCCAUGUCCCAUCCGCAGUUCUUCUUCAUAUUUAUACCUGUACUUUACUUUGUCUCCUGCUCCUUUCACUCGUGGGAACUCCAGCUUAACAGUGUUUUUGACCCUUCUCGACAAAUCAGCCCCUUUUCCAUAGUCCACACUAAACUCCAUGUGGUAUUUAAAAACAUGUUUCAAAGUCCCUCCAGAAUUAAGAGCCCGCACAACCCCAAACAUCUCACGGCCCAUUGCCAGACUUGAAAAGUCCAAACAUCCCUGCAUAGGGGGGUCUAUCCAACCCCCCAUUUCCAAACCAAACCAAACUUUAUCUUUCCAAAUCUGGCUUUUUCCAAGUUCAUUUGUCAAAUCCAAGAAUUCAUGUUCCUGCUGGGCCACAGCUCCCUCCAUCUCUGGCGCCCAAGGUUCAACAGCAUCCUCUUCCCUCAUCUGUUCUGUCAGAGCACACUCCUGAUUUGAUUCCUGGGUGGGCUCUAUAUAGUUUCCCACUACCUGUCCAAAAUUUCUGAUCGCAACAGUCAUCAAGUCCGUCUUCUCAUGUAGCUGUUCCAGUAGGGCACUUGUUUUACAGAAAGCAUGCAGCAGAGCUUCUGAGUACAUUGUUCUGCAAGGUCAGAAGUCUAUUCCCACGAUCGUAAUCUAUUGCAGCUGCAAGCUCCCCGGUUCAGAAUUGGUAACAGUUUCACAGGCUCCCUCUAGGGGAAGAGCUUCUAUUUGUUCUUUUCUUUUAAAGGCAGAUCUAACAACAAAGUUUCCUUUUUCAGAUAUUUUGUCAAUAUUUGUUCCUUUAAAAUGCGAAGGGGAACAAUGGAAUCACUAUGUUUCUCUUCUUUUAACUAUCUGUCAAAGACGUUUGUCUCUGGUCAAUGAGCUUCCCAAAGAACGUCAAUCCUGACACCCCGCUCCAGGAUCAAGAUGGUGGAAAGUUACUUUGCGUUACACUCUCUUCUACAGGUUUAAACAGUCCGGAAAAAAUCCCCCCUCUUCUCCUGCUUCCGAAGGGGGUUCAACAAUUUUAAAUGAUGAAAGUUAAUCCUUUACAGGCGAUUUUCUGAACUCUAGUUUGCCAUGUCUUUGCUUUAAUCUAUCUACAAGAAACGGAAGGCUGACUUCCUGUUUAGACCUUCCCGUUUCAGUGCCAAAUUGAGGCAAAUUUCUUAGUCCAAUUUUCCUUUCUACUCGCAAAUCAUUAUUUGAAGUCCAAUUAUCCGAAAUUUAAGUACUCAUGGGUAAUUGUUUUAAAAGCCAAAUUGUCCCAGGAAAAAGGCAGUGCUCUCCGGCAACAGCUGUGCGGCUUCGCUCCACGGAAGAAGCAGUUGACUCUCAGCACCGCGCCACUUCCCCCUCUUCACUCCGGAGCCCGUUAGUGGGUUCCUUUGCGGGUUGGGGGGGCGCUAAAGGUGCCCGCCAAGUCCCAUGGUCACAGGCUUCAUCCGCCUGUGAUUUUUGAAAGGGUCCCCGCUUCGCCGUAGCAGGAAAGACCCGUUUCCCGUGGAGCUGGUCCCUCCGGAUCAGAGGGAGUCUGCCAUUACCGAUGGCGCCACCCUGGAAGUCCCCCUCCCUCCCCCCCUCUUUUUGCUGCAGAGUGCUUUUUAAAAAGUAGCUGGAUUGCUUUUGGGGACUUUCACUUCGCCUGAUUUUGCAGACACGAGUGAGUUUACCCUUUUCAGAAUGGCUGCUGUAACUACCCCGUAGUGUUUGUGAAGCAGAGCUUACUUUUUCAAAGUCAUUCCCAAUUUUUCUUUGCUCCUUAUUCCGAGGUUUGCACAGCUGGUUACUUUGCCAUCUUUAUGGCUUUGUGAAAGGUUGAUCCCCCUAUUAGCUCCGUCCUUUCAGGAAGCCCUUUGCUUCGAAUUCCAAGCACCAAUCGCUCUCUAAGGUGCUCUUCCUUUUUAUUAGCAAACUCAGCCUGUUCAUACAAGGCACUGACAAAUGACUGCACUGGUUCCCAAGGCUUCCACACUCUUCGAUAGAACUGGAGCCUUCUCAAAAUCCAAAAUCCUAUUGGAAAUGAAAUGGGCAUCCAACCUGGCUAGAACACUCUCCACAAAAGUAAAUGAUUUAUAUACAUUGCUGGCUUCUUCCCCUAUAGCAUAAUGAUUUGCCUUUCUCCAUGGAACUUUAUAGCAAGGCAAAGCAAGCAUGCUGCAGGAUUGUUGUAGUUGAAAGCUUCUGGUGCCCUGGGAUGUUUUACAGAUGAAGAGCGGUAUUAAAAAAAAAUUGGGUGAAUAAAUAAAACAAGCAGAUGUUCCCAUUGGAACCUGCAAAUCACAAGUACUUUAUCUCUAAAUUUAUUCUGUUGGUUAAAUAAAUGUGGUCAUAAAUAGAAUUUACCAUAUUUUAUUCUCACAAGCUGCUCUCACCUCAAUUCAUGAUGCCAUCUGAAUACUAGAAGAUUCAGUAGCCUAAACCAGAGCACGACAACCUUGGGGUUUCUUAGCUCAUAGACUCUAGUUACCAAGUGUCAUCACUCUCCUUAGUCCUGUGAAAGUGUCAGGACCAUUGUUUGUCUCAAAAGCAAGAGUCUGAAAUGUGCAGGCAUAUAGGUGUCAUAGCUAUGGUGUGUUCUGCAUGAACUGUUCUACGUAUAAAAGUUUUUAUGUGUUCCCUGCGCUCCUUUGCCAGGAAUGGUCUCUUCCCUAAUUUUGGUGGUGAAGUUGAUUUUCACAAACAGUUCCUUUGUGCACAUAAUCAGCUCCAUUCAUUGAAAUAAAUGGCAGGAUUUGUGUUUACCAAAAUAUCUGGAUUGUGUUGCCUAUUUACAACCUUUGCUGCAUGUUAAAGCAUUAUGCAGAUUGCAAUACCUCUUUUCUGGAAUAAGAAUUGCCCAUGCAGUUGGCCCCAUCCACAUGAUUUUGCUAUUAAUAAGCAUACCACUGCAGACUCAUAUCUUGUCACAAGGAAGCUUCUCCCUUCCACAACUUUAUAGACUUGUCCGGGUGGAGCAGAGUGUUUGGAACAUUGAACUCACAAACCAGUGUUUAUUCGGAAUCAAGCCACAAAAUAAAAUAUUCAGCAAAGUAUUUGUUAAAUCAGCUUGGAAAAUAUCCAAGUAAAAGAAGCAAUGGCAUCGUAAUUAGGCAUUCCAGGCAAGGACUAAGCUAGGAUCCUUAGCACUUGGAUUCAUUCCCAACAAUGUGCAUUUUAGAGCUGCGGUUUAUGAAGCUUUAUUUUCCCCCAAAUAAGAAUUAUUAAAUCAGUGCUAUCUAAUAUAAAUGUGCAUGCGUAAAGACACAGCCUCACAUACGUAUUAACUGUGGAAGACCACAAUUUUUUGCUUGGCUAUCUACUUUCUGUUAUGUUUGGACAUGCCUGAAUGAAAUGCUACUCUUUUAACUUUGAAAGUUAAAUAAAGGGUGUUCCUCGCGUUCAUGUUUAAUUUGGGAUUAAUUAACAAUCAGCUGAACCCUGCCCAGAUGUGUGUGCAGUCACUUGCUGUAGGUCACUAUUUCUCUUUCUCAACCACAUUUCUAAUCUCCAACGUGACUUUCAAGCACAUGGUUGUUGCUUAGUCAAAUCAUGCUCGGAAGUAAAUAGCACUUUUUUUCUUCCACUGUAGAAUGUUUUCUUCUGUGAUCUCCUGGUAGGAUUUUUGUGAAACUGAAUAUUUUGCUACAAGUCAAUGCCUCUGAGUCCUGAAACACUACAGAAAUAUAAACUAGAUUGUUUUAAUAGCUGCCUGUUAGUUUUUAUUAAAAAGUAUUAACUUUAGCAACUAAUUAGAAGUAGUGACAUUAACAAAGUUUGCAAACAAUGGGUUCAUAAUAUGAAUUUUCACUGUUUUUAAUGCUAAGACAUCCUAUUUGUGUUGGAUAUUCUCACUCUUGAGCUUUUACUCCAGUCGUAGUUAAUAACAAAGCGUAUUUCAAGUUAAUGUCCCAUUUCUGCCUAUUUGCUAACAGCAUUUAGCAGACCAGACUGGCAAAUCCUAUAGCAGCUGUUGGUUCAUGUCCAGAACUCGAUUACUUUAACUCUUUACUCAUUCAAUAUUCUGUGAAGCCAUCUUUUCUAUUUAAUCACUGCAUUAUAGUCCAGUCUUAGUUGUGAGUAUAUGUUGGGGGUGAUCUUCCAGUACAAACCCUGCCUCCUUCCCCUAUGAUUACUUACCAGCAUUCAGUCUACUUCAACAUGGGGAGGAGUUCUGGGGGGACAAUGGGUGAUAUGCAAUGCACAACUGAAAUGUGUGCCAGUUCCCUACUGCCAAUUCUGCUGCUACUAAAACUGUGGCUGUAUCUUCCUCCUCCACAUUCCCACCUGCUUUCAUCCCACACUACAGUUUCCAAGUGACAAAACAAAAACUCACAUGUGCCAAACCAUUGUGAGCCCAUUUAGCACUUUCCCCCAUUGUUCAUAGAAAAAGCUUAUAGGGGCCCAGGUAUUAUUCGAGGUAAAUGGUGUUUCUGCAUCACUACUUAAAAUUUGGUUUAGGGAAGACCCAAAUCAAACUGUUACUAGAGUGCACGGAUACAAAGCUGUUUACAAAAUAGGUGCAGGUAUUGAGAUCCCCUUUCACUGUUGCCUGGUAUUUGGGCUUUAAAUGUUGCCAUUACUGGAACUGCUACCAUAAAGAAGCGUGUGGAGGCUCCUCAGAUAAGCAGCUAUUUUGCAAGAACAGGUUCUCAGUCACAGACAAGCCAACUCCACUUCCUCUUGCUCAGAGAAUUAUAAGAAAUUGUGACACUGAUGUGAAAGAUAAUACUUCCAAGGAACUUCCUCUCUUUCAAGUAACAUCUUAACAUGAAAUGCGGCCUUCCUUAAAUUAUUGACUCUCUUGUAAAGCUGUAUAUGUACAUCAUUUCUCCCCUUACACAGUUGUCCUUUUUCAGGAAGACUUGAGAAAACUGCUUAUGCCAAACAGUAUAUUUCCCCCUCUGCAGACAUCUGCGGGGGGGGGGGGGGAGGAAUGCUCCAUAGUGGGGGAUAGUGGCUUGAAUCCCCACUGCCUUCUCCAAAGGAAGAAAGCAAACCACCUUGACUGCAAUGUCACAUAUGGUGCAGGAGGUCGUGUUUUACAUGGCAUGACCUUGCAGCACAGAUUAUUUAAAUCCAUUGGUUUCAGUGGGUCUACUCUGAGUAUGACUACUACUGGAUGUCACCCAGAGAAAAUAACUCUCCUGCUGUAGCCCUUUUAAGCACUUGGAAUAGAACUUUAUGUGAAAGCACGUGGUUCCUUUUCAUUGCCUUGAGUUGGAAGGGAGGGUGAGUACUCUCUACUGCUUAGAGAUUUAAAGCUGCACAGUUAUCUAUAUCUAUAUCUAUCUAUAUCUAUAUCUAUAUCUAUAUCUAUAUCUAUAUCUAUAUCUAUAUCUAUAUCUAUAUCUAUAUCUAUAUCUAUAUCUCUAUACAGUGGUACCUCUGGAUGCGAACGGGAUCCAUUCUGGAGCCCUGUUCGCAUCCUGAAGUGAAUGCAACCCGCGUCUGCGCGUGCACAGGUCGCGAUUUGCUGCUUCCGUGCAUGCGCGUGAUGUCAUUUUGAGCGUCUGCGCAUGCACGAGCGGCGAAACCCGGAAGUAACACCUUCUGUUACUUCCAGGUCGCCGCGGAGCGCAACCCAAAAACUCUCAACCCGAAGCUACUUCAACCCGAGGUACGACUGUAUCUGUAUCUAUAUCUGUGUAUGUAUCCUCCAACAAUAUGGUGCCCACCAUAUUGGACAACAGCUCCUUUGCUGGCUGUGACUGAUAGGAAUUGUAGUCCAAGCCAUUUGGAAGGCAUCAUGCUGAUGGCUGGUAUAUGAAUAGAAUAGAAUUCCCAGUUGUGUUCCUUAUUUAUUUCUGGCACUAUUUUGGAAGACAAGUGAAAUAGUUGUACCUGGAGAAGGAGGAGGAGGAGUAAUAAUAAUAAUGAUGAUGAUGAUGAUGAUGAUGAUGAUGAUAAAUUUAUUAUCUAUACCCCAGCCACUCUGGACGGCUUACAGCACAUAAAAAAUUGUAAAAUGUGCAUAGCUGUUAUACGCAGGUAAUCUCAGUGUUUUUAUAUAUAUAUAUAUAACUGAGAUACUGCAGUGACACCCUGAAUGAAGAUAGAUAUAGAUUUAUUGAACAGGUGCUGAGCAGUCAUGGCAGCUGGUCUUUUUCUUUUCUUUUUUCCCAUCUUCAGACUAAUGAUGCAUUGUUUUGCUUCGGACUUCCUGUACCAUUUCCAGCAACAAUAUCAUGGCAUUUUUGGCAGCCGGCCACCAUCAUUCUACACACACACACACACACACACACACACACACACUCUCACUCCUGGAAUUAUGCUAUGUGUCAAAGCAUUAUACCAAGGGCAUUCAAGGGAAGGGCAGAAUGGUAGCCACAAGUGGCAGCCACUGAGAAAGAUUCCACUGGGGCCACAGGCAGUGGCAGAAAUAUACAUCACUUACAUUGCUUAAAGUGAAAAAGAGAAACGCACCACUUGCCAUCAUAAGCAUGCCUCAUGAACCAAAAGGAUUUGACCCAAAAUCAAUAAAAUAGCCCCUCCCUAAAUUUGCAACCUGCAAAUGAGGUAGCGGAUUUAUCAGGGGGCUGUCUUUCAACUCUAAAUAUAAUUUGAGCUUCCACAGUCCUUGCACCAGCAAACAGGUUUAUGCUGGUACAUAACUUUUGAGUCAACGACUAUCAUGGGUUUUUAGAAGUAAUUUUUAUGACCAAAUCUGAGGUGCUUGCUACCUGUAGUCCAGACAGUUACUAAGUCCUUAAAGGUCACAAGCCUGUGUUCAAAUUUACAUAAACUUGCAUAAACUAAUGUGCUUGUAUUGGUGUUUCUUGGCAAAUUAAGAUGGCAGGUCACUGGAGCCCCAGCCUCUUAUAAGGAAACUAUUUUUUCCCUAUAGUUUGUUUGUUUUAUUAUUUUGUGAAAGGGAGAGGAGAUCCAUGCCCUCCUUGGGCCACAUCUGCCUGUGAUUCUUUGUAGGUCCCUUCAGCAGAAUCCUUUAUUUGUUUACUCAGAAGUAAAUCUUAGUAAGUUCAACGGGACAAAUUUAGCUCCAUAAAUUCAUUUAAGAUUGCAGCUUUAGAAAAGAUUUUAAAUAAAUGCUUGUUCCCCAGAUCAAAUGUGCAAAGGCAGGAAAAUAAUGGUAGUGUACUACAGUCAAAGGGGGACACGGGUAGUGCUAUGGUGUAAACCACAUAGCCUAGGGCUUGCCGAUCAGAAGGUCGGCGGUUCGAAUCCCCGCGACGGGUGAGCUCCCGUUGCUCGGUCCCUGCUCCUGCCAACCUAGCAGUUCAAAAGCACGUCAAGUGCAAGUAGAUAAAUAAGUAUCGCUCCGGCGGAAAGGUAAACGACGUUUCCGUGCGCUGCUCUGGUUUCGCCAGAAGCAGCUUAGUCUUGCUGGCCACAUGACCCGGAAAAACUGUCUGCGGACAAACAUUGGCUCCCUCAGCCAGCAAAGUAAGAGUCGUUCGUGACUGGAUUUAACUGUCAGGGGUCCUUUACCUUUACCUUUACCUUACUACAGUCAAAUUUUAAAUCCCUUCUGGAAAUCCAGUUCAGAAUUUCCUUGUGUCUUUGGCAUGAACUAAAGGGGAGUUUAAAGUUGGUUAAAAGAAGCAGGAUUUCCAUUUUGCCAGUUUAAAUAAAAAUCCAGUAUUUCUGUGGUUUCCUGUUAAGAGACAUUUCAUUGAACACCUAAUUUAAUAGAUACGGAUUUAACAACAAGAAAAAUCCCUCUCUUUUAAUGCAAACGAUCUUUCUGAGGAGAGGAUUAUCACAGCUGCAGAAGUUCAGGGAGUUUACUUCCAGUUAUUUUUUCCUGCCCGUUUGUUUUUUAUCUGAAGUUAGUUUUUUUUAAGGGAAAACUGAGAGAUGCAGAUUGAUUGCCUAAUCUCACUCGGUGACACUUUCAAAGUCUUAUAAAAAAAUCUCCGCACAUGAUUAAUGCUUGAGAGGAGACGGAAAAAACCCCUUUGCUUACGAAGAACUUGCUUUUCCUCAUCUGUUCUGUGAGUGCAUAAUAUACAAUGCAGAUGAGCCUGUCAGAGGUCCCUCCCCUUACAUCCCCUACGAGAGGAAGUUUGUUGAUGUAGUACUGACAUUGCUUCUUCAAAGCCAGCAAGAACAAAAAGAAAAGAGAAGAAAGCCCAUGAAACCACAACAGCCACUCCAAGGCGAGACGUGCAUUGAUUUGUUCUGCUGGAGAGUGGAACAGGAGCUCGCAGAACUCAUGAUGAAAGAGCACAGCAGCAGCAGCAGCUACAGCAGCGUCGGUCCGAGCCGUGUCAGCGAUUCCACCAUGGAAAGCCUGCAAUCACUCAAGCCUAACUACAUGCCUGUGUGUUUAUUUGCAGAGGAAUCUUAUCAAAAAUUAGCAAUGGAAACUUUGGAGGAAUUGGACUGGUGUUUAGACCAACUUGAAACCAUUCAGACCUACCGAUCUGUUAGCGAAAUGGCAUCGAAUAAGGUAAGAGGAAAAUAUUUAUCCCCCCCCAAUGGUUUUGAAAAAUGGAAUUUAGUUGCAUAGGGAUUUAAACUUUUUUUUCCACAUAUACAGCUAUAUCUGCAAUCAGACCUGCUACUGAUUUUACCAAAAACAAAGUUAAAGAAAAUGGGUGAACUCUUACACACCACCUCUGCUUCUUAUUAAAGCUGCUAAAUAUUGGUAGUUCCUAUCAUUACACUAUGGAGGUGGAGCAGUAGACAUGUGUGGCAUCAAACUUUGCAAGCUCUCAAGCAGAACACAGUUGUAUCCAGAAAUCAAGUUUUGCUCUUUGAUUUUGUUAAAUGGGUACCUAGGUGAUUUGUAAAUCGGGGGAGUGGGGUGGAUUAUUGUAUAUAUUUACAUACUCGGAACAAUUCCCGAUUUUGUAUUAAUUAUCCCUUAGAUACAAAGGAAUAGCAACAAUUAGGCAGUGAUAUCAAGUUAAAGGAGUGUUUGUAGGAAUGGAACUUAAAAUCCUGAUGGGAUUAUAAUUGGGACAAUCAAUAACUUUGGAAAUAAUUGUUUUUAGUAAAUUGUCUGUGGUGCUGAUAAUUACAGUACAGUUAUCUUCGCAGUUGUCAUGCAGCAAAUAUAGUAUGUAUUGCUUUGAUUUCAGUUACUGCAUUGUACAUUGUAAAAGAAAGGUGUUCUGGUUUUGUAUACAGUGGUACCUCAGGUUAAGUACUUAAUUCGUUCUGGAGGUCCGUUCUUAACCUGAAACUGUUCUUAACCUGAAGCACCACUUUAGCUAAUGGGGCCUCCUGCUGCUGCUGCGCUGCCGGAGCCCAAUUUCUGUUCUUAUCCUGAAGCAAAGUUCUUAACCUGAAGCACUAUUUCUAGGUUAGCGGAGUGUGUAACCUGAAGCAUAUGUAACCUGAGGUACCACUGUAUUAGUAGUUGCAUAUGUAAUGACAAGUCAUAUAAAGUGUUGCUAUGUUAAGAGGCACAUUUCUAAAAGGGGUAAAAAUGUGUUGUAGAAGGUUGGCUGAUAUGCUUGUGUGUCGUAUGUAUGCCUUCAACCAAACCACUUGGAGAGCCAUGCUGAUUGUAUGGUUUAACUUAGUAAUUAAUUGUAAAAUCUCCCCAUUAUAUCUCUAACACCUUAUCCUUUUACAGUAUAGUUAAAACCUGUCGCUCGGACUGUAUUUACACCAGAGUCGCUCUUUCAUUGGCUAUUAGCCUGAAUAUUGAUGGAUUAAACAAAAGGCACACCUACUUCCCUGAGGCCGUGGGCACCUUAUCUGCUGUGAUCCAGGCAUUGUUCAACAGAACAGUCUUUUGCACUGUUAAUGCAGUCAGUUGAGCUACAGCAUACAUGAUUCCAGAAUCAGCAUACAUUGGUACCUCGGGUUACAUACGCUUCAGGUUACAUACGCUUCAGGUUACAGACCAGAAAUAUUACCUCAGGUUAAGAACUUUGCUUCAGGAUGAGAACAGAAAUCGUGCUCUGGCAGCAGCGAGAGGCCCCAUUAGCUAAAGUGGUGCUUCAGGUUAAGAACAGUUUCAGGUUAAGAACAGACCUCCAGAACGAAUUAAGUACUUAACCUAUAUAACCACUCUAUAUAACUUUCUCCAGGUGCUCUUAUUAACACUGGUACAGUGGUACCUAUGGUUACAUACACUUCAUGUUACAGACGCUUCUGGUUACAGACUCCGCUAACCCAGAAAUAUUACCACGGGUUAAGAACUUUGCUUCAGGAUGAGAACAGAAAUUGCGCAGCGGCGGCAGUGGGAGGCCCCGUUAGCUAAAGUGGUACCUCAGGUUAAAAACAGUUUCAGGUUAAGAACGGACCUCCGGAACGAAUUAAGUUCUUAACCCGAGGUACCACUGUAUGUGGCCUUUUAUGAUAAGCAAGCUAUGGAGCCUAAUAUCUUACUCUGUUUCCUUCUGCAAAGGUAUCAGUUUUCACACGCUGUUUUCAACAUUUUCUUUAACAGAACCCUCCUUUUAAUAUCCAGCCUUCAUAGACCCAGCCACAAACUACCUACUUAACCUUGCUCAGGUCACCAUCAUGCACUUUGCUGCUUAAUAAUAAUAAUAAUAAUAAUAAUUUAUUUGUACCCAGCCCAGCUGACUGGGUUGCCCUAAUUUGUAUUUAAAUUAGGGAUUAAUAACCAACUUCACAACCCUGUUGUGAGCAAUAAUGAGAUAUGGACAUUUUACACAAAAAAAGGCCUACGUGGCAAUUAAACAGGAGGCAAUAAAGACAGAAUAAGGUUUCAGGCAAAGGACUCCCAACCCUCCUCUCAUCUUAAUUUGCAUUUUUUUUACUAGAUUGUGUAAAAUAGGUUAGAGCAUGGUGCUGAUAACGCCAAGGUUGCAGGUUUGAUCCCCAUAUGGGACAGCUGCAUAUUUCUGCAUUGCAGGGGGUUGGACUAGAUGAUCCUCAGGUCCCUUCCAACUCUACGAUUCUUACUAUUUCACGUAAAUGUAUCCUUAUGUGCUUUUUAAGGAUUUGGAUAUUGGACGUGUGCCGUGCAACUGGAACUACAGCAUGAUUGUAGCUUUUCAAAAGCUCUUAAGAAGCCUCUUAAAAUAUGUCAAUUAAUUAAUAAAUUGUCAAGUUUUCCACAUCCGUGAAGUAUCAGAAUGAUCUGCCUCUCUUCCGUCGUCUGCACAGAGAUAUGGCAGUAGCAAAACAGUCUGAUGCUUUGAAAACAGGAUGCUUCUACCUCCCCCUUAGUAAAGAAUAACGGAAAGAGCAACAGUAGAGAAAGGAAGAAAGCAUAUAGACCCAGCAUGAUCCCAAGUGCAAGAGCUGUAUAAACAGUGACCUAUCUUCCUGACCUCUGCUAUUGCUAAGUUCCUGGCCCUCUGCCACUGAAGCCAAACUACGUCAUUUGAGAAUGAUAGUGGGCAUGGCACAGCUGUUGUAAGUGUGACUCGAAUUUCCUGUCUCCUUCCUGACAGACGUAGUUUUGAAGUACAGCGUUGCAAAAACAGUAGACAAAUAGGGGGGUGACUGGUUUCUAGUGUAGUGCACUUAUUCAAAACUGUUACCAAAAUACGUUUCUUGAUCAUUUUGGUGAUGGGAAAGAGAACCUUGGAUGAAUGUAUCCUGUUUGUAAAAUACUUGUAGUAAAAAAGAAGAAGCAAAUGUUGCUGAAAUGAAUAAUUACAUUACUCAGAAAUAUGAGGAACUUAAUCUCUGGUGUUCAACAGCGUGUGGCUCUGACAUUCAGAUGAAGAAGCGUAGAAAACAGUUCAGAAGGUCCCCGGAGGAGCAAACAGCAAAAAGUAGCAAAGCAUUCACUGUGGCUGGGCAUGUUCCUGUUUCGUUAAAAUGAUACACAAAUGUUGUGUUAAUCCCAUUCAGCUAUAAAAUACAAAUUAGCAUACUUCCUGCUGCUGUUGGCUCCUGGUUCAUGAUGUGUUUCUUGUGCAACUCUUUGUUUUGAUGAAGUUUCCAAUCCUAUUUUUAUUGGCAUUACUUAUUUGCAUUUUAGAAUCCUUUCCACACAAAAAUCUUAGCGGCUGAUUAUUAUUAGGUGGAUCAUAUAUAGAAGUGGUGGUUUUUAGAAAUCUCAUAAGGUAGCGUGACAUAUAUUCCAGGUAUACAAGUGUACUUUAUCGUUUUAACUAAAGUCACUCAGUGUGUAGAACUAGUGCUUCUGAUGAAUAAGAGUAAUAAUUUGAGAUCUGAAUGCUUGUGGAGGCAACCUACAACAUUGCCUACUAAAAGGAAGAACCAAAUAAUGACCUGCCCAAUACACUCAACCUGCUUUUCAUUAUUAGAACAGACAUCACUUUGUGUUUUUCCAUGGCCUGUAUAAAGCUGAGAUAGAAAUAAGUUGUACAGUAUAUUUUAAAAAAUCAUAAAUACUGCACUCAGUCAGGUCUUCAGGUAUCCUGGGCAUGCUUAUGGCCAAUUUGCAUAGCUUGUUGAAGAAAUUUAGCCUUUACCUAGAUGAUAAUUUUGUAUAUUGUGUUUUGCUCAUAGGCCUGGAGAACAUGCAUGUCUUCUUUCUACAUUUAUAGAAUCAUAAUGUUUGAAGGUACUUCAGGAACAGUAUGAAUCAGGAGUGGGGACCUCCGGCCUGGGGUCUAGAUGUGGCCCUUCAGGCCUCUCCAUCUGGCUCCCAGAACUCGCCCCAGGCUACCCCUCUCACUGGUUCUGCUUUGCAACCUGAGUGCUUUUGUGUCGUUGGAAUGUGUCCUUCAAUUCUGAUAGCGCCUCUUGCUUCUCCGGAUGGAGAAGGGAGGUCUGUAUGAUCUUCAAACUUAAAGUAUUGUAACAUUAGAUUUUUACCUAUAAAUAGUCCAUUUUUUCAUAUUCCCUUAUAACAUUACAGCUAGAAACCACUUAGUUUCUAUCCAACAUCAUUCUAACAUUCAUUAAUUUUACAAUAUUUCUGUAAAUAGUCUUUAAACUUUUCCCAAUCUUCUUCCACCGACUCUUCUCCCUGGUCUCGGAUUCUGCCAGUCAUUUCUGCCAGUUCCAUAUAGUCCAUCACCUUCAUCUGCCAUUCUUCCAAGGUGGGUAGAUCUUGUGUCUUCCAAUACUUUGCAAUAAGUAUUCUUGCUGCUGUUGUGGCAUGGAAAAAAGAACUUUUAAUGAAGGAGAGUCUGCUCCCUUCUAAAACCACUGUCAAACUUGUCAGCUUCCCCAGAAAAACUGGGACAUCCCAUUUUUUUCUUUGAGAGCAUGGUGGCCCUUUUGGGCGCCUUGCUCUCUUGUGAUUUCUGGUCAAGAUCUCACCCUGAAAAAGCUUUUCCCCCCAAGUUCGUGAUCUUACAGGCACCCCAAAACACUCAUCCUUGGGCACCUUGCCUCUAAAAUGCUGUUCCCUGAGCCAUGAUUAUCUAAACAGCUCAUAACAUCAAGAAGCUACUCCUAAUUUUUAACGGAAAUCCCCAUGCUUGUAAUUUGAACCCACUGGUUCAGGUUCUAACUUCUGGAACAGCAGAGACAAGAGUAUCUAUGUGACACUCUUUCAAAUGGUUAGAGAUGGUAACCAUGUUACUCCUAACAGUAGCUUUUCAAGGCUAAACAUACCCAACUCCUUGGACCUUUCCUAAUAGGACUUGGGUCUCCAGUCCCCAGCCCCACCUUAUGACUUCAUUGUCUUUAUUUAUGGGCAUGUGACUUGACUGAAGUCAGCCAUGACCUUCACAAAGCACACCAGGAUAUGAUCUUUCAGAAUUACCUAAAUGACCCCAAGGGGUAUGUGUCCCUACAUCACGUAGGCGCUUGCUGAAAUGUUCCAUUAUGGCUCUAGUCUGUCUUUUGUUAGCAAUUUACAUGCUAGACUAUUGUCUGUUAUCUGUAAAUGAAAAUCUAUUGGUGUAAACAAAACAUUCACUGCACUAUUUCAAAAGGGGUUUCAGUCACAUAAGACACGCAGGGUCACGCCUCAGUUUUAGGAGGCUAAAUAAACUAAACAUGAGGACACUAAUGUAAACUCUGGAGGUAACUGCUGGCUGCCUUCCAGCUGUCUAUGUGCCUCAUUGCACAAUGUCCAUAUUGGGAAAGAAGGGGGUGUCUUAUUAUAAGUUUGCAAGCUCUAGAUUUUGCUCACUUGGUACGUGAUGGUUCCCUAAAGGUGUGUCAAACUGUUCCUGCUUUUCAGUUUACUGUAACUUCCUUUGUUUAAUAUACAUUGCAAAAUAGCUAUAAGCCUCCCAAAGACUGACUAGAUUAGCUGUUGGGCAGUCAGCUAUAAAACCUACUCCUUUCAUUCCCUUUGCUUUUUUUUAAGUGGAGUUUAAUAGCUGUAAAUCAGGGAAUUUUGCCUAGAUUUAUGACCUUUGGUUUGGCAUUCCUUUAUCCUGAUAGGCUACAGCUAUUUGUCCUGGCCUAAGCAAAUGGGGAAAGUUGACACAGGAAAGAAUGUUUAGACUAAUCAGUCAUUAGAGGUGCUCCAUUAUUAUCAAUAGAUUUCUUAAAUGAAUCAUAACCUUAUAAUAAAUCUCACAUACCCUGGAGCAAUUUAGUGACUAUAAGCAUUAAAUGGCUAAGUCUUUCUCUAGUAGCUUAAGUUAUUAUUACUAAACUCUUUGUGAGAGUUUAUGGAGGUACUGAGGAACAUUCCACCUGAUAACUGAAUUGGCUUACUUUGUUUUCAGUCAGGUUCUUCUAGCACAGAGAAAAGCAAACAGUUUAUUUUCUAUAGCAAGGAGUGAGUUGUGCAAAUAUUAGUUUUUUGGGCCUAUUUAGGAUGCACUGCCAAAUUAGGGAGUUGCUGUUGGUAUUGCUAACCAUUUGUAUAGCGCUAAAAUAGACUAAAUACUUUAAAAACUUAUGUAAAAUAAAUAAAUAAAUAAAUAAAUAAAAAUAAUAGGACAUAAUAAGCUUUGUAUCCAAAACUAGCCCUACUCAGCGUAGACCCGUUGGAAUUAAUAAACAGAAAUUAGCCAUGACCAUUAGCUCUUGUGGGCAAACUUCAAGAACUCACUGGGGUUUAUUUACCUUUAAUAUCCUACCUAGAACUUGAGAGAUUGUAGAAUACCCAGCUCUGAUUUAGGGAGAUGCUGGUUGCCAUUACAGAAUACAGAUGCAGCCUAUGGUGUGCUAGCUGGCUUUUUGGGCUUAGUUAGCACUGAGGAACAGAGUUUUGGCUAUUUUUGCUUGCAAAUUUGGAAACUGAGCAGUUCCAUUUCAUAUCCUUAACACUGGGUGACUUUGAUUAAUUGAAAUCAACAAUUAAUAAAGGAUUUUAAUAUGCCAUAACAUUGUCUCAGGAAUGCCAAUGAUCUUGCAAAUGAUCUUGCAAAACUGGCUCAAUAAGCAACUGAUUUGAGACCAAAAUUUGUAUAAGAAAGCUUGAUGGAGAGGAGUUAAUGUGUUUAUUUUGGACUGUCCUUCCUCUUUGUCCCCCACCUUUUUUAAAAAAAGAAAAUGUAACACCGCUGUGAGAUAAAUGGAAUUGAUAAUGAGGGAAAUGUACAUUUAAAUGUACAUCUUCAGCCAAGAUUCAAAACUAAAUCUCUCUGUGAUGUGCAGACAUGUAUCCUCUCACCUUUUCUAAAUUGAUGUUGAUAUCCUGUUUGGAACUGUAUACAACUCAUGUCCUUUGUUUGAGUUUGAGCAUGGUGCCAAAUAAAGAAUUUAGUGGGAUUAGCAAGAGUCUCUUUCCCCAAACAUGGCACCAGACAAUGCCAACUUCUCCCAUGUUAUCACUGAUUGUGUUUCUUCCUCACGUGGAACUUCUGCACCAGAUUUGUUUUUAAAAAGCAGGACAUGCAUUUUUUAAAGGCAGUUGCUAAAAUAACAGAGGUUGUGUGUAGUUUUGCUUACUGUGAAACAAGAAGAGGGGAAAGAACUUUGACAAGAUUCUCUAUAUACCCUCAUAAUGUGAACUAAACUGAAACACUGCUUAAAGGUUCCAUCUGAAUGCAUUGCAACUAUAUCAAAGAGGGAAGAAUAAAGUUUCCAAGGAGGACUUUGUUGUUGUUUAGUCAUGUCCAACUCUUCGUGAUCCCAUGGACCAGAGCACGCCAGGCACUCCUGUCUUCCACUGCCUCCUGCAGUUUGGUCAGACUCAUGUUGGUAGCUUCGAGAACACUAUCCAACCAUCUCGUCCUCUGUCAUCCCCUUCUACCUGUGCCCUCAAUCUUUCACAACAUCCGCGUCUUUACCAGGGAGUCUUCUCUUCUCAUGAGGUGGCCAAAGUAUUGGAGCCUCAGCUUCAGGAUCUGUCCUUCCAGUGAGCACUCAGGGCUGAUUGCCUUCAGAAUGGAUAGAUUUGAUCUUUUUGCAGUCCAUGGGACUCUCAAGAGUCUCCUCCAGCACCAUAAUUCAAAAGCAUCAAUUCUUUGGCGAUCAGCCUUCUUUAUGGUCUAGCUCUCACUUCCAUACAUCACUACUGGGAAAACCAUAGCUUUAACUAUACGGACGUUUGUUGGCAAGGUGAUGUCUCUGCUUUUUAAGAUGCUGUCUAGGUUUGUCAUUGCUUUUCUCCCAAGAAGCAGGCGUCUUUUAAUUUCAUGACUGCUGUCCUGCUAGCCAUUCCAGUAUCCCUGCCAAGAAAACUCCAUGGACAAAAACAAGGAGGACUACAGGAAUAUUAAACAAAGUCGUAAGUUUGUCAGUCCAUCUGUCGGACUCAUCUCCUAACUCUUUCUGCUGCCAUAUCCCUUAAUGCUUAACAUAUUCAGAAUAAGGAAAUUUGUGCCUCCAUCUUUGCUGAAUACAGAUUUCACUUUUGAUUUCGUCUGAAUAUCUUACAACUUGAAUUGAUCUAAAAAUCCUAUGCAGUUCUUUCCCAUUCAAGCACUUCCAUGCUUUCCCAUGGAAAGAAGUAUGAAGAAAAGUAAAAAAGGUUGUAAUUUAUCAUGAAAUUGACCGAAAGGGGUUAAUUGAACAUUCCAUCAUUCCAUGUGUCCAGCAUUGGUCCAGCAUGCUGAAAGUCCUCAUUCUUGGCACUGGCGCUUAUUUUAGAAAAUUACAGGACUAGAAAGCAUGAGGGGAAAUCAUCAAGUCCAUCUACUGCCUUGAGACAGGUGGAUUAUGCCCAGUGUACUCUAUAUUAAAUAGACCAAGAACUAGUUGCUGAGGUAAUUAUGUGGGAUUUGAGCUCAGUAGCAAGAACUUUGUCAGUUCUAAUAGUAAGUUCAUGCAGUUGAUGUGAGAAACUUUGAUAAACAAAUUUACCCAGGAUCAUUAAUAAUAUUUAUUUAUUUAUACAUACCCCGCCCAUCUAGCUGGGUUUCCCCAGCCGCUCUGGGUGGCUUCCAACAGAAUUAAAAGCACAACAGAACAUCAAACAUUAAAAACUUCUCUAAACAUCAGGGGUGCCUUCAGAUGUCUUCUAAAAGUCAGAUAGUUGUUUAUUUCCUUGACAUUUGGUAGGAGGGCAUUCCACAGGGCAGGCGCCACCACCAAGAAGGCCCUCUGCCUCGUUCGCUACAGCUUCACUUCUCGCAGGGAGGGAACUGCCAGAAGGCCCUCGGAGCUGGACCUCUUGAGUAAAGAGAAGGAGAUGACUAAUUUAUUACUGUAAAUGUAAAACAUCAACAUUAAUGCAAAUCUGAAGUAGUACUUCCCAAAGCCUUUUAAAGAAUUGUAAGUGCAGUGUUUUUAAAAACAACAAGAAAAGCAGGGACACCAUCAUACUUAGCAAUUCUUACAAUAGGCAAACCUAUUAACUGAAGAAUGACUCAAUGUCUGGCACAGUUAAUUAGCUCAUAAUUGUUUUUACAGUAGCCUGAAAACAUGCAUAACAGGAAAACUUCACAAUUGGGAUCUAUUUUUCACAGCUUUACAUUUGCAUUGACCAUUGUUAAAAGAUAAUGAUAGAAUGGGUUUUAAGCUUAAUCAUCUAUUCAGAUGUUCACAAAGUGUGAUCUUGUAAAUGAUUAUGUGUAUGCAGUAUCUUUAUUUCACUGUCUUAAUUAAAAUAAUACAAUUUAAUCUCACUCUACAUGCGGGGAAAAAUUAUGAAUGCAAAUUAAGCUGUGAAAGCUCACUGAAAUAUACAAACUGCUGCAUUCAUUCAACUUACCUAACCCAAAGUAGUUAUAAUUUUCUGUUGUUUAUAUGCAGUAGUUAUUUUACAUGUCACUUUUAGUAAUUUAGAUUAAAAAAAAAUUUUUUUUACAGAGGGCUACACUAGUAUUCAUGGAUUUAUUCAGGGAAAUCAGUAUUUGCUUACCCUGCAGGCACAAUUGUGUUUCUAUGCAGCAUCUGACAUCAGUCAGUGCUCCAUAUAAAUGUUAUAAAGGCUUGUUUGUAUGGUACAUACUCAAUGUGAAUAAAACUCCAUCUGAAGUUGCUGACCAAGCAAGCAAUUUAUCUAUAUACCAGUUGCUUCAAAAGGUCACUGGAUUACAUUUUGUUAAGCAGAGUCAUAACUUAUCAGUGCCCUGUAUGUUCCUCCCUUCCUUUAUCACGGAAAUUCCACUGAGUGGCACAACAUUUGGGCAUGGCAAAAACCAAGAGAAAGUUAAGCAGCAUAUAUCUGAAUGCAGCUGACAUCAGUGGACCCCUCUUCUGAAUUCAGCACUUGCUCAAUUGAUCCAAAUUAGAUUCGGGCAUGCCUAACUUCCAGUAGCAUCCAAUUAAACUGGUGCUUCUUCAGAUUGCCAUUUAGGCUUGUGGGCUUUCUAUAGGCAUUUGGUUGGCCAUUCUGAGGGCUUUUCCACACUUACCUUUUGCCUCACUCUUCCCAGGCAGAGGUCUGUGCUUUAAUGCUCCAUGUCUGAGCAGUUGUUGGUGAGGUUUUUUUGUCCCCCUGAGCUUUAAAGAGCAAAAACCCGCUCUUUAAAGCUAAAUCAGAGCAGACGUCAAUUUGGGUUUGCUGCAAAGGGAUGUUUGCGCCAAUUGAGCUUUAAAUUGCAGGUCGUGCCUGAAAAACACAGAGGAAAGUUAAGUGAGCAUAAACCCUGAAAACAGAAUGCUGGGCUAGAUUGGUCUAUGUUCUUAUCAUGUUCAUGAUGACGGUUCUUGUCAUGUUAUCUGCACACACACUUACCUCCCAUUGAACCUAAUAGAGCUUACCUUUGAAUAGACAUACAAAGGAUUUCACUGUUAAUUGUACACAUCCAUCUGAAAGGAAGUGUAUUGUGAGCGAAGGAAGUUUGGACAAUGAGUAUGAGAGGAACUCUUUCUUAGACCCAUGCAGUCUUCAGCCUGCUCUCAUAUAGGCCCUAUUUAAUUUAUAGAUGGCUGGGCUCUUCAAAUGUCAGCAGAAAGGCAAUUCUCCCCUGUAGACUGCUGGUCAGAUUAUAUAUAUUAUUUCCCCAACUGUAAGCAAAUUUAAGAAAACCACUUCCUGUUCAAACUUCUUUAUUAAUAUUGCAGUAAAGGUAAUAUAUUAAUAUUACCUUUGUGUUCAAUAUAAAAUUAAAUGUCUUAGAUUACAUUGAUUUGGUUCUCAGAAUAAAAUCUUCCUUAAUUGAAAGCCUGACGUUCUUUCGCUUUUGACUAAGUUGUUGGCGCACCAGUCCAUUGAUCUGAGUCCUAAAUGAGAUUCAUGAGCUUGAAAGUCAUUCCCCAGCGCCUACGUGGCUGGGAUUCCUGACCUUCACAGGGAGCAUCAUUCACACCUUCUCUUGCCCAUAUCUUAUGACAUAUUCCUGAGCAAACCCAUCAUGAGCCGGUCGGAGAGUGACGCACACCAGAAGCUGCCUCUGUCCAUGUGACGCUUCUCCCAGAGCACCCACUUGGAAGCACACAAUGCUGGCAGGCAAUUUAAAAGACUUCUUUUCACAGUCUGUAAAGCAAACGGUUCAGAUACGUUGUAGCUUAUAUUUAAUGUCAGAGUUUCAUAAUUCUUUGUUGUUUGUACAUAAACACCAGGAUUGUGCGCUUUCUCUUCUAGCAUUUCAGAUUUUGGCUCCAAAAUCCAAAGCAUUCAUAUUUGCCAUUCAAACCCAAACUGUGGAAAGUGAGGGCAGCUGAGUACUGUAGGAGUAGUAAUAAGCCAGAGUAGCUAGAAGUUCUGAACAUUCUUUGACGGCUGAUUCUCAGAUUUGUUUUUUAUUUGGACAAAACAUGUAUAGGUAGUAUUGACUGUGUGCUCUUCCUGCAAUCUAAAAGACACAACAUAGGCUGCUGUUAGCAAGGUUUGUGUUGCCAUUGAACUGGUUAUACAACCUGUUCAGUUUUCCUGUUACUGCGUAUAUAGCCCACUUGGGAAAAUAAACUAAGCAGUCGCAUAGAGGACUUAAGAGUAUGUGUCUAACAGAUGUUGUUCUGCAGCUGCUAGUUUUCAGUCUUCACUAUUUUGUUCUGGGGUCAAAAUUAUUCAUGGCUUCUGAACGAAUCCCUUAGUGCUUUCCAUCACAACUUGGAGCUAUUUCAUUUUCACAGCAAUCACUUCAGAUCUGUGAACAUUGUAGAGUAUUCUGGUGUGUGGAGGGAUGGGGGAAUUCUGUUAUGGUUAUGGUUUAUCGAUCAGCUGGUGUGUGGUGAGUUCAAACCUGUAGGACGAGCUGUGCAACUGAUUUCCCAUGGGGAAGCCGAUUGCAUAGCCGAUCCUUGCAGAAAUCCACUUUGCUGUCCCAAUGCUUGGGAAGCACUGAAAACAGGGCUGAGAAGAAAGGACAUUGCGCGGUGCUUCCAAAAUGCCCCAAAGCCAGCUGGCUCUCUUAGCACUUCCAAAGCAUCAGCCAUAGGGCUGACAAAACUCCUUGUGCUGCAGUUCCCGAGCACCCAACAACCAGCUGGCUGUGUAAAGCAUUUUGGGAAGCAGUGUGUGAAGCAAUUAGCAAGCCCACAAUGAUGUCAAAUGAUUGACAUGUGGGAUGUCUCAUCUACCAGUCAAAGGUGGCCCUAAGGGUGGGAUAAGAAUAAGGUUCAUAAAUGGUUUAUUGGAAACCAAUCUUGUUUCUACCUGUUAAAGGUAAAGGUACCCCUGCCCGUACGGGCCAGUCGUGUCCGACUCUGGGGUUGCGUGCUCAUCUUGCUUAAGAGGCUGGGGGCCAGCGCUGUCCGGAGACACUUCCGGGUCACGUGGCCAGCAUGACGAAGCUGCUCUGGCGAGCCUGCACCAGCACAGCGCACGGAAACGCCGUUUACCUUCCCGCCAUAAAGCGGUACCUAUUUAUCUACUUGCACUUAAGGGUGCUUUCAAACUGCUAGGUGGGCAGGAGCUGGGACCGAGCAAGGUGAGCUCACCCCGCCGCCGGGAUUCGAACCGCCGAUCAUACGAUCGGCAAGUCCUAGGCGCUGAGGUUUUACCCACAGCGCCACCCGCGUCCCUGUUUCUACCUGUUAGAAUGGAGAAAAUCCCGUGCAACUUCUGUUUAGUGGUGGUGAUUAGUCAGUCAAUUCCAAUGGAACCUCUUCAGGUCAAACUUUUUUAGCCCUGCAGAGUAGAGUUAGCAGAAGUCUCUACUUCUUAACAGCACGUUUAUGUAGCUUGAAUUCCAACACUAAGCUUACCUUGUUGCAAGCAAACAAGGAGUUCUAAGAAAUUAUUUACAUAAUAUCUGGGCAUGGGGUACAAUUAAAAUUUCUGGGCAGGCUGGUUCUUCAUAUGUGAUAAAGACCAAACAAGCAAUUUAUCUAAAAAAUAGCUAAACACACCUGUAUACUAUUUUAAGCAUUUGAUUUGUGACUGAAGAAAGAAUAAUACUUCUAAUGCAACUUCCAUAUAACAGACUAUUCUUUAUAGUUCAUAUGUAUUCUAUCAUGAUACAGAUCAUGACGUCAUGAUUCUGGUACCAAAAAUGCUUAACAGCUUUUAAGAAGUAGAUAAAAUAUUUUUCUGGUCGCAGCUUUUGUAGCUUAGGUUUGAACCAAUAAAUAGCAGGAUUUCUUUUGUCCAAAGAGACGGAGAUUCUAUAUUACUAGACUUGCUUUACACACACACACACACACACACACACACACACACACACUUUGGAUCUCAGGAAUUAGCUUCCAAUUUGCUUAAAGCACUCUUGGAAUUCCUGUAGCAGGGCAUUAGGGCUGCAUGACAGUAAUCUGAAGGGAAGCCUGUCUGUAAAGGAGGGUGGCUGUCAUGUGGUGCUGUUGCCAUAGUACCAUGGUAUUCUUUUGACCAGCUGUAUAUGAACUCUUGAAGAAGGGAAUGAGAUAUGUGGGGUGGGGGUGGGGAAGAUAGCAGCUUUACAUUAUAAAUCUACGCUGGCUGCUAAUUAAAAACAGAAAUAAUAUGAAGCUCACCUUUAUUUUUAGAAUAUCCCUGACUCCUAAAGUGGUCGGCGUAAGAGACAAAAGCGGUGCAAAUGUGCUUUAAAUGACAACAAAUAUUCAGUCUGAUUUAUUUCACUUUACUGAGUGCUUUUAGUGUGGAUUCAUACACUGACAUAAGAAGAGGCAGCGUUUGCAUGCAGUGGUUCCUUUGCAGCCUGGGCUUGCAAAUGAAAACACGCAGCAUCCUGCAUCAAAUUGGGCUUCUGAAUAACUUCUUUUAGGGAACAGGCUAUGGAAAUCAUCUUACAUUUUGCUCUGCAGAUAUAACAUCGCUUUCUAUGUUUGCUAAGAAUUUCAGAAGUGAAAGCUGUCUGGUUUUCUUUGCACUGAAACAUUAAAAUACUUCUUAGCCAGACAUGAGCAUAUGUAUCUUCUCUGUAUAUGUAAAGAAAUACAAAAUCAUAUUAGAAUGGGUAGGGAGAAAACAAUUAUAAUUUUAAAUCAGUGCCCUAAAGCUGUGUUUAAAAAUCUCUGUGAGUGAAAGGGGAUUUCCCAUAAUGGCAAUGCAGUGAUCUGGAGGAGGAGGAAGAAGAGGAGGGGGGGCUGCUCGCCUUAUUUUGCCUUGUUUAGAUAUGCACGGGGCUUCCUCCAUUUUAAUCUUUCUUUUGAAAAGAUGGCUGUAUAGCUAAAUCCAGCAAUGCCUACAAAAGCAGCCAUCAGUUCAUUUUCGCUCAGUUCAGCAACACUAAUUUGGAAACCCACCUUCAGAAAACUAAGCAACCAGGACUAUUCAUAAUUCAUAAGUGCUUUAAGGCAGCUUGCUGGAAACAGUUGGAUUAUCUCUCACUCCUCUCCGCAGCCCUUUUACAUCAUUUUUGUGUGUGUGUUUUGCCGACAAAACCUCCAACAAUACAUUCUUUUCUGCAAAACUGGAAUACAAACCUUGGUGUUGUCUUGGAGUAGCAAGUAGCCAUUAUUACAGGAAUUGUUGACUUUUACCAAUAUUAAUCUCACUGACCGGGAAAUCCUUCUUCCUGAGGAGUUCCUCCUUCUGAUCUGCAAAUUCUUCAUAAGAGAUUUCUCACUUUUGGCGUGCAAAGUCUUCCAAAAAUGCCUGAGGCAAACUAUUUGUUAUCUGUAUCUUGGGGUUAUAUCAAGGUGGGUUUAAAAUAAAGAAAAGCAAAUAAUAAUGUCCAGUUGUGUUAUUUAUAUGUAAAGUAUAUAUCAGAAUCAUAUUUAUUGCUAUAUAGCCUUAAACAUGUUAGAUACUUUUACAGUAAGGUGUAAUAUUGCCAUACAAACAGAACAUCAUGAAAAAUAGGAGCAUCAUUUUAUGAUCAUUUACAUAAAGUAUAUUUAAGUUGUAUGCAACUUGAUAAUCCAGCCAAAUUCCAUAUUAACAUUUCAUUUUUCACCUGGCAAAAAUGUCUAUAAAUUGAUGUUGCUUUUGUAUUGUAUGUGGGACGUUGCUAAAUCGCUCAUGAUCAAGAUUUAGAACAGGUUUAUAACUUGUGAGACCAAAAACAGCUCUAAAAUCGACAUAGUUUUCCAGAAUUAGGUAAAAUGUAUCUGCCUUUUUAAAAUGAUAUUUUUAAAAACUGACAGCACCAUAACCUUAAAUCGCACCAUGUCGUCUAAAAAUAUUUCUUAUAUGUUUAUAGACUAUCUAUAAAGGCAUUGCUGAAUGAUGUCAUCUUUAAGUUAGUUAAUAAUGUCCCAUUUUAUUUACUGUGCAUGUAUCGCUCAAAAAAACUGAUGGUUUGGGUUUUCUUUUCUUCUAAUUACGAAUAGUUCAAGAGAAUGUUGAACCGAGAACUGACACACCUUUCGGAAAUGAGCCGAUCGGGGAACCAAGUGUCUGAAUAUAUUUCAAACACUUUCCUGGGUAAGUUAUUUAGCACCAAACCCAUUCCAUUCUGUGUCUAAGUUAGGUUUUAACAAGCAUGGCCAGGCUCUGAUGUGCAUGCAGGGCUGUUCUUACAGGUGCAAUGAUGCUUCAGUGAUGUAGCUGCACUUAGUUAAACUAUGGAACUCACUCCUACAGGAGGCAGUGAUGGUUACCAAUCGAGUUGGCUUUGAAAGAGGAUUAGACAAAUUCACAGAGGAGAGGACUAUGGAGGCAGUAAUGCUUCUGAACACCAGGUUCUGGAAACUAUACAGGAUGAGAGAGUCCUCUUGUCCUCGAAUCCUGCUUGCAAGUUUCCCACAGGCAUCUGGUUGGACACUGAGAGAACAGGGUGCUGGACUAGGUGGGCCAGUGGCCUCAUCCAGCGGGCCCUUCUUAUGUUUACAACCCCAACCCCUUCCUUUCCAAUCCCAAACCCACUGCGCUGCCCAACAACCCAUUUUAAGAACCUAGUGGACUUCUGCUUUGAGUAUAGUCAUUUGUUUCUCUCAUUGAAAAUUUUUUUUAGUGGACUUUAGGAAUCAGUCUCCACUGCAAUGAAAGGAGCUGUGGUCAGGCAGGGCGAUCGUAGAAGCCCCAGUGCUGUGUAGGGAUGAGCUUGAGCAAAGAAACUGGACAAAGUGCUGUGGGGCGCACAUUUCAUCAUGACAUGUCUUGGGCAGCAGAUGAAACCGUGGCGUAUGAAGGGAGCGUGAUUUAUUCCUUGACACCACCUUUAAGCAGAAGAAAAACCUAAAUAGUAAAAUCUAGAAGUAUAAGAGCAUACAGGUGCUAUCGAGGGCAGAAGUUAAUGUUGCAGGCCGUUGCUUAGCAACCCUCCAUACUCCAUACUCCCCAGGCUUGAAGUAGUGGGGUUGAGAAUGGUGUUUGCUUGCCUGGGGCUAUUCAUCAUGGUGCAUUAUAAAGCUGAAAAGUUAGAGCAGCCAUGUCAGCUAACUCUGUGGUUGGGCCUGAAGUGGUUUGCCCAUUUCACCAGGACAGCCCUACUUACCUGCUUUUAUAUUCUCUUCAUCUGAUUUCUGCUUUGACUAUAGCCAUUCUUUUUUCUUAAUGAAAGUUUUUUAGUGAUUUUUUUCUUCAUUAUAUGGAGCAGUGACAAAGUAUUUAAAUACUAGUACCCUUCCACAACCAAUGCCCCCCCCCCCAAAAAAAACAACUUUCAGGCUUCGCUCCCUUUGCCCAAAUGCAUCCAGUUUAAACUGGUCCAUAAUAUGUAAGAUCUGUUGCAGUUUUGUUCUGUUUGGUAGUGUUUAAUAGUGACAAUUUAUGUGUGUGGGUAUUUGUUUCUCCCAUUUUAAGCAGCCAGCAAACUUUCAGCGAUAGUGUUAACCUAUGGUUUUUCCAAAAUAAGCAUUUUGACGCACACACACACACACAAAAUUAAUCUGAAAGUCCACAUUUCACUUAGGAUUGUGAACACACACACACACAUUAUGACAUUUUAAAUGUUUUAACUCUUGUUUUACCACCAAAUAAAAAUAACUCGUUUGUCUUCAGUGGAUAUUCUUAGGUGAACACUUUGACCCACAGUCUUUAUCCAAGCACUGAUAAAAUGCACAAAAUAUCUAUUGAACAAAUAAUGAAGAUAUCACUGUGUUAAAAUUGUCAGUGAUAUUGGUCCCUUUUUAAGGGCCUCUGCCAUUAAUGGCUCCUGUUGACUUCAUCCAUCACAUAGCUCCACCUUUGGUUAUUAAUUAUUAAAAAUAAUCUUGGCAAUAGUAAUAGUUUUUGUCUUUAUUUGUAACAGUAUCCAAACAUUAGAUUUAUAAAUCCAUUAAAUUAUUUAAACUAUUUUGAAUAAGCAAGCAGUAUAAUAUAAACAUUGUACACAAGUGAUAUUAAAACAGAUGAUACUUUGCUCCAUAAAUUUUGUAAUUCAUUUCUCUAUAUGUUAUUCACAGACAAACAGAAUGAUGUGGAGAUUCCCUCUCCCACACAGAAGGAUAGAGAGAAAAAGAAAAAGCAGCUCAUGACACAGAUCAGUGGUGUGAAAAAGCUAAUGCAUAGUUCAAGCUUGAAUAAUACUAGCAUUUCAAGAUUUGGUGUGAAAACAGAAAAGGAAGACCAUCUAGCCAAGGUGAGUGCAGUUAACUUAUCGUUAUUUUAGUCUUUUGGUGUAAGAUACCACUUGCUACCAAUGGAGAGAGAGAUUUUGGUCAGCUGCUUAAUAUAGUAUAUAACACCAGUAUUCAAAUGUAUAUUCUGAUUAUAUCAGAAAAGUAUUCUCUUAUGUAGUUUAAGAAUUCACCAUUACAGGGUCUAGUUUUGACUCACUACUCCCUAGCACAUAAUUGGUGCUGGCAUAGUAGCAAAAAAUAGUUAAAUACAGUCAUACUUUGGAAGUCAAACAGAAUCCAUUCCGGAAGCCCGUUCAACUUCCAAAACAUUCGGAAACCAAAGCACGGCUUCUGAUUGGAAGCCACAGAAGCCCCAUUAGAUCUUUGGCUUCCAAAAACAGUUCGCAAACUGGAACGAUCACUUCUGGGUUUGCGGCGUUUGGGAGCUAAAACAUUCGAGAACUAAGCUGUUCGAAAAUCAAGGUUCGACUUUAUGUUCAUAUAUGUAGCUGCAAUUUAGGAAGAGAUGUUCUUCCUUGUUCCUUUUACAUGAUAUAUAAUGUUCUUUCGAUAACUAUCUUAUUAGUGUUUGAGAGAGAGAGAGAGAGAGAGAGAGAGAGAGAGAGAGAGUUUUGAGUUUAUAAAUAUAGCUAUAGACUACUUAUGGGCUUGCCUUCAUUGCAUUAGUGUUGUAUAUCCAUUAUUUUUUGUUUAAUAUUGAGUGUUUUCUCCCCCUCUAGGAGCUGGAGGAUCUGAAUAAAUGGGGUUUGAACAUAUUUAACGUUGCAAGAUAUUCACACAGUAGACCUCUCACCUGCAUUAUGUAUGCCAUUUUUCAGGUUCGUAAUUUCACUGGUUAUAUAUUGCUUCAGAUGGUUGCAUUUAAAGGCAGCAACAACAAACAGUCCCAUCCCACCCACCCCCAUGAUGAAGCCUUCAGGUUUGCAUCACCUUAUAACCUUCUGCAAUUUAAAUUACCUUGAAACAGGAGAGAGAUCUGCUAAAGACAUUCAAGAUCUCAUCAGAUACCUUCAUAGCUUACAUGAUGACUUUGGAAGACCACUACCAUUCCGAUGUGGCCUACCACAACAGUCUCCAUGCGGCUGAUGUAGCCCAGUCAACACAUGUCCUCCUGUCCACCCCAGCCUUGGAUGUGAGUAGCUCCCCACUUGCAGUGAGAAAUACUCAUGUUGCAAUAGUGAAUUUGUUUCGCAGAUUAAUUAUUUAUUUACAACAGUUCUUUGUUUUAUUUUAAUUCUUCUUCCUUUGUAGUUGCUUUCACCCUUCUGGGAUUCUACAGCUGUUCUGUUCCCAUAUGCUCUUGCAUUCUUGGUAGUUGCACAAUUAAGCUGAUUUCCACACCACUAAUGGAGAACCUGUGGCACUCCAGAUGUUGGGCUUCACCUUCCAUCACCCCAGUCAGCAUGACCACCGGCCAGUGAUGGUUGGGAAUUGUAGUCCAGCAACAUCUGGAGGGCUUGGGUAUAUAGUUAGUAAGAUUAAUUUAGACCAGGCUUCCUCAACCUUGGCCCUCCAGGUGUUUUGGCCUACAACUCCCAUGAUCCCUAGCUAGCAGGACCAGUGGUCAGGGAUGAUGGGAAUUGUAGUUUCUGGAGGGCCGAGGUUGAGGAAGCCUGAUUUAGACCUUGAUUUCUAAGAUGGAACUUCUCAGCAAUACUCUGAUAUCAAAAUUUAAAUUUUUACAUGGAGAAACUUAAUAUUGAAUGCAGUAGAUUUAUAUUUGUGCAGUUACAUUACCUGUAGUGGGUAUACAGGGUCUAUUGUGCCUAGAAGAAUGUGUCAGAAUGGAGGGAAAGUGGCAAGUGGUCCUGAAAGUUUUAAAGUGUGUCAUUUUAAUAAUGUGUGACUAAAACAGUUUAGUUAACUCAAGUCCUACUUUAAGAAAUGCCUGUGAUUUGGUUUCUGUUGAUGUCUGUGUGCGUGGUUAAUGAGUUCAAAAUUAUGAUCUAUCUAUUGCUCAUUUUUGCCUUAGGCUGUCUUCACUGAUCUGGAAAUUCUUGCAGCCAUUUUUGCAGCAGCAAUUCAUGAUGUGGAUCACCCUGGUGUCUCCAACCAGUUUCUUAUUAAUACAAGUGAGUCCUAUGUUUAUUACACACACACACACACACUUAUCACCAAUUUGGGCAGUUAUACUUCAUGAAAAUUAUUUACUAAUUAGAUCUUUUUUAAAAAAAUCUUGUAAUAAAUAUAAUACAUUCAUUUUAAAUCAUGAAGCCUCGAAUAUACUGAAAAUGAAUUUCCUUAGGAAAUAAUGAGUUACAUUAUCUGUUUUUUGUGGGUUUUUUGGUCAGAUUCUGAGCUUGCUCUGAUGUACAAUGAUGAGUCAGUCUUGGAAAAUCACCACCUUGCUGUGGGUUUUAAGCUGCUACAAGAAGAGCAUUGUGACAUCUUCCAGAACUUGACCAAGAAGCAACGUCAAACUCUCAGGAAAAUGGUGAUAGACAUGGUAAGGAUUUGGUAUCCCACCCCCUGAAAACUUCUUACUGCUCAUUUUUCUAAUGCAUGCAACCGAAAUUCAGGUUUCUACUUCCUUGCAUUUACAACAAUUAUUUUUCUUUUCAUAUAGGUCUUGGCCACAGAUAUGUCCAAACACAUGUCCCUACUGGCAGACCUAAAGACUAUGGUGGAAACUAAAAAAGUGACAAGUUCCGGAGUUCUGCUUCUAGAUAACUACACAGACAGAAUACAGGUGUGUAUGGGAGCUUCUGUUUUUGUGAUGCUACUUCUCUUUUAAAAAGGCAUACUGCUUACUGUGACUUCCUUUAGGGAUCAAAACAGAAAACAUGACAAGUUAUGUUCUUGAUUUACUGUGGAGAAGGUGUGUCCAGAACCUGAUAGUUUGCUCUGCUGUGCAUCAAAGGACUUCUAGCACAAGACAUUGCACUGUUGUUCUGGUGGAAAAAGCUGGCCUAUUUUCAGGUAGUUGAGCGGCUGGGGGGGGGUUGUAACUUUCUAAGGUGAGGAUACAAGGCCACCUGCAGCUUUAGCAUGGCAUAGUAAUGGCUGUGGAAGUGACUUGCACCAAAGGGGGUAGUAAGAGGAAAUCGGGUGGGCAGUUGACUAUACGCUACUGUAGAUGUUGCAAUGCAAAAUUUCCCCUGUGCUUGCAACUGCAUUUGGAAACAUGACUGAGCUGAUAAGCACACUGACAUUUGUGCACGUAAACUAUAUAAUCAUACAAACCUCUCCACCAGAUAGGAAUUUGGUGUUUGUGGUUUCCUACAUUCUUCAAACCCACUUGGAGAAGACAGGAUCCCACAGUCAUAAGGAGUAUAAUCAGUUCAGUGAUCAUUUGGAUUUGUAGUACAGCCAAGUGUUGUGCAAUCUGAAAGUUUCUUCUUCACAUGCUUGUGGCUUCCAAGGAUUAAGACCUGUCAUGGGUGGCAAAGAAUAUUGAAAGAAGAAGUUUAUUCCUUAAAGACAGGGACUCUAUUCCAAUAGUUUACCUGCUUUUUCCACUUUGAUGAUGAUACACCUAGAAACAACCAUUUUAGAAUAUUCCUAGAAAUUUCUGUGACUUGAAAAAAAUAUUUUUAAAUGAGGGUACUUAUUUUACCCUUAUCUUGAUGAAAUAUUUGUCCUACAGUUCCUCAGUGCUUCAGGUUAUCUAUCACAACAGAUAUGCCAGAAGUGGCAAUGCACAGUGCCCCAUGACAAACCCAUUGUUCUUCAGUUCUGAGUUUCUCCCAGUUGGCACAGAAUUCCCAUUUCUAAAUAAGCAUUAUAUAAAUAUGAAAGAAAAAUAUCCCUUCACAGAAUCUCCUACAUUAAACCUGUGGCCCUCCUGAUGUCACUAGAUUCCCAAUCACCAUCAUCCACCGCUAUUGGCCAUGCUAACCUGGACUGGUGGGAGCUGGACUCUGACAGCAUUGUGGGAGAGGGACAGGUUCCCCAUUCCUUCUGUAAAAAUUCCCUUUCAUGCAGACUAGAGCUCAGCCUCCAUAGCUCAAAGUAUUACAUUUAAGACUUUCAAGUUGUCCUCCAUUGCUGCCAAGUUCUUUUCACACUAGCAACUGAGAGCUACAACAGUUAUAUAACAUAUUCCAGCUUCUAGGAAGUAAGUAGGGUGGAAAGAAACAUGACUAAACAGACAUUCAGAUAUCUAUUAUGCUUGGAAAAACAAAGGGCCAGCUAGAUGCCAGUCUUGGCAGGCACUGUCUGUGAACCUGCAUAAAUCAGGGUCACCAAUUCUGAAUCAGACUCAUGAGUUUGACAGCUCAGGUGCUACAGAACCACUUUUCAUUUGAUUUAUUUCCUCCAAGGAGCUCAAGCUGGUAAAUGUAGUUUUGUCUUCCAUUUUAUCCUCACAGCAACUAUGUGAAGUAGAUUAUAUGGCAUGCCAUAUUACGUCUUCUAUAAAGAUCAGGAAAAAACCUGAAGUGACACUUUUUAGACUAACUGAGGGAGGUUAGACUGAGAGAUAGUUCAUCCCAUGGCUGAGACAGAAUUUGAAAUUGGGUACCUCAGUCUCACUACUAUACUAACACUCUGUAGGAUUUGCUGACACCCAGAUGAACCAGGGACCUUUAGAUCUUCACUCUAACUCUCUCCCAACUGAUCUUGAAUCAGAUUCAAGAUACGAGAGUCUGGACACAUUUCUUUCUUCCACACUUGUAUCUUUAAGGCACAAGCAGCGUAAAGUAAUUUGGAAUGCAACUCUAAGCUAAAGGGUAGGUAAUAAUAAUAGAUAAUAGUAACUUUUAUUUGUAUCCCACCCUCCCCUGCCGGAGCUGGGCUCAGAGCAGCUAACAUCAUAUAAAACACAAUAUACAUAAAAACAAACAAACAAUGGAUUAAAAUGCAUCCCAAAAUUAAUUCAAAUAAAUUAAAAUUAGACUGGAAAAAUGGCCAUCCUCAAGUUAAAAUUGAAAACGGUUAAUACUCGCCAGGACCAACUAUUUCCACUGAUAUUAUAAGGACCUGUGAGCGGGCUGGGAAACCUCCUUCGUACUUGUUCAUACAAAGAGAAAAUGAGUCAGACUGAACCCUGGCCAAAGGCCUGGCGGAACAGUUCUGUCUUGCAGGCCCUGCGAAAAGAUGUCAAAUCUCGCAGGGCCCUGGUCUCUUCUGAGAGAGUGUUCCACCAGGGCCGGGGCCACGACCGAAAAGGCCCUGGCUCUGGUCGAGGUCCAUCUAAUCUCCCUGGGGCUCGGGAUCUUCAGGGUGUUGUUAUUUGUAUACUGUAAGGUCCUCCGUGGGCUUACCAGGAGAGGCAGUCCCGUAGGUACGAGGGUCCUAGGUCGUAUAGGGCUUUAAAGGUUAAAACCAGCACCUUAAACCUGAUCCUGUACUCCACCGGGAGCCAGUGCAGCUGGUAUAAGCAGAUGUUUGUCCUGCUCUGUGGUGUGGUGAGCCAAGGCCCAACCAGGAUCUAAGAAAAGGAGAUGUUCAGGCAAGACACAAGGCAGAGCUCUGAAGUCACUCCAGCAAGGAAUAAACUGAGCCCUUAUAUAGCAGCAGUAACUAAAGCCUUACUGGUAGCCCUGCCUGCACUGCAAGGGGCUGCUUUACUUAAAAGAACCAAGCCUUCCCCAAUACUGCAGUGGAGCAGAGAAGCCUCAGGUCAUCUGCUGUAAAGUCCUCCAAGUCCAAGAAUGGCAGUGCUGCAUCCUUGGGUUGGAGAGGCAAUAGUCCCACAGCACUUUGGGGGCUGGUCCUGCAUCCCCCAUCCCUUCAGGUUUGGAAUCCUUGCCUCCAUGACCAAUGAAACAGGACUCCUAGUCCCUGAUUUAGUCCCACUUCUGGGGUUUAGGUUUAGUUUUAGUUUAGUUUUGCACUUGCGUAUUCAGGAGAGUGUUAGUGCAGCUUGCACAGACCGAAAUUAUUGCUCAUCAUGCAUAUCCACAGUUAAUUAGGUGAUAUAGCAUGACCUCUCACCAAAUAAUCCACAUCUUGACUUAGUAAAAAUGUAUUUUAAUGUUCUCUUUUUAUAAAAUACUCCAAAAUAAGGGCAUUUUUGUGAUCAAAAUGUUCUUCUUUUAAUGUGAAAUUGUACAGGAUGUGCCUGCAAGUAGAGAAUGAAAUGUUUUUCUAUUCUGCCUGAUUAUGUGAGCCUUCAUAUUAAUGCAGGUUAUGCAAUUACAGGUUCUCCGAAAUAUGGUCCAUUGUGCUGAUUUAAGUAAUCCCACAAAAUCCCUUGAACUCUAUCGACAGUGGACAGACAGAAUCAUGGAGGAAUUUUUCCAGCAGGGGGACAAAGAACGGGAGAGAGGAAUGGAAAUCAGCCCAAUGUGUGACAAGCACACAGCUUCUGUAGAGAAGUCACAGGUAUUUGACUUUAUUUUACCUCCCCCCCCACACACACAUAGUCAGUUGGGGUUUUGCCUUGAGUUUGAGCUUUUUCUAAGGUGGGGUGGAUGUCCUCCCCACCCCCAAUUCUGUGUUAUUUGCAUUUACUGGUAAUUCCAGAAUGUUUCUUUUUUUAUCUGGUGCUGAACACAGACUGAUUCCAAAUAUCUAGAUGUCUCUGAAACCUUUGCGGACUUUAGCAAAAAAAUCCUCCACUGUCAGCUAUGAACAUCUCCAUUGUGUGAGGGAUAUAAUCAUUAUUUUUUAUAUUCCCAAUUCUAGUUGCAAAUGCUUGAGAACCAUUUUGGGGUAAUGACUAUAUCAGGGGUAGCCAAUACAGUGUUCUCUGUAUGUUGUUAGGCUGAAAUUCCCAUCAGCCCCAGCCAGCAUGACCAAUGGUCAGAAAAGAUGGGAGCAGUAAUUAAACAACAUCUGAAGGGCACCACAUUAGCUAUGCCUGGGCUUGAGCAGUGGAACUUAAACUGCAGGGACCGAGUGCUCACUAGGUUAUCUUUGGCUGGUCUAUCUCACUGUCACUGGCUAACCUACCUCACAGGAUAAAAAUAGCAGAAAUUGUGAGGAUAAGAUAGAUGGGAAGUUGUAUGCUGCCCUUAAUUCCUUGGGAGAAAAUCAAGUUGAAAAAAACUAAGAAUAAGAAUAAGAAUAAGAAUAAUGGAAAAGAUAGCACAAAAAGAUUAAACAAUGUCCUUUACAAUCCCAAAACAAAAAAAACCAAAGUCUAUUAAUUUUCCUGGUUCAAGUUGUCUGCUAAGAGAAUAAACUUAGUGUUUAAAAAGUUGAAACAUUUCUAGUGGCGUUUCUUUAUGGCUAUAAAAUGCCGAAGAACCCCACCUUCUAAUAACCAGGCAAAGCUAUUUAACUUAAAGGUCUCUCCUGAGCAUACUCUGCAGGAAGUUUUCGUCACCUUUUGGCUUAAGCUGUCUCAAUGGUUACAAUGGAAUUACAACGGCUCAUUUAACAUCCUGUUGUGUCUGAAGAAGGCAAAUGUGAUUUCCAAACCAAACAUCCUAGGACUGCGAUGGGCUCCUUGGAGAGCUGUUUUCCUGCUCUGUAAAGUUGCCGUCCAGCAGCUUUUGGAAUUAAGUGACAAACCUUUGGCCAGGCGGAAGACGAUAGCUUUUAUGGCCAUUCAGUUUUCUCUCUUCUGCACUUCCUGUUGUCAAGCAACUUAGAACUCAGUUCAGAGCUUACUCAUCAGACAAAACGUGAAGGCAUCAUUCUUUCCCCACAAUGACACACCAUUUCCACAGAACAUUACUGUAUCCCCACACUGAGUGCAAGGGGCUGGGUGUAAGAGCAGUUGCCUCCUUUCUCUUUCCUGGUGGAGGAGAAUAUAAAUAUUAAAGGGAAACAUCAUCCACCCCUCUGCUUCUGUCCAAAGAUACAGUGUGUUGUGCAAAGUAUGUUAACAGUUGUAAACUGUUACAAAACUUCACAUCAGAGGUAGGGAUGGAAGGACAUGUCAAUUUCAGCUCUCAGUUUCUCUCUCUUUUUUCCCAAGCUUAAAUGCAGUUCACCACAUUUUGCACCCAUUAUAGCGGCAGCUUUUCAUGUUGUGUAUUUUCUUACAGUUCUUUCUUUUGUUCUCAAGAAAUUUAGACCCGUGGUAACUACUUUCUAUUGCUUUGCAGGUUGGCUUCAUUGAUUACAUUGUCCACCCGCUUUGGGAGACGUGGGCAGACCUAGUACAGCCGGACGCCCAAGAUAUCCUGGAUACUCUAGAAGAUAACAGGAAUUGGUACCAGAGCAUGAUCCCUCAGAGCCCUUCUCCUCCCCUUGAUGAACGCAACAGAGACUGUCAGGGCCUGAUGGAGAAGUUCCAGUUUGAGCUCACGCUUGAAGAAGAGGACUCUGAUGGGCCUGAGAAAGAAAGUGAUGGUAUCAGCUACUUCAGCAGUACAAAGACACUCUGUGUGAUUGACCCAGGAAGAAGGGGUUCCCAAAGUGAAGCUAAUAUAGAAAUUGUGACAGAAGAUACAUCACCUAUCGAUACCUAAUAUAUUGUUAUCUGUAAGGGUGAAUUUAAAUACUUCAUGCACAUGCAGGUUGUCUUGCUAACUAGCCUGAAAUCGAGGUCUUGGGCCAGCACCUACCAUUGGCUAAAAGACCUUUCCAGCUACUUGAGAUUGGAGUCAGGGUUAAAGAGCGUGUAGUGAUUGCUCAGGAAAUUAACAGGUGAUUUAUAUUGCAGCUUAAGCUUUGUCAGCCAAAAAAAACAAAAUCUGGAACCAGUGUGAGUUGCAACUGAACAAGCCUGAUCGUGAACAACACUCGGCUGAAAUAUUUUCUAUUCUUAAGAGAUUUUGAAAUCUAGACAGGUCUGGCAUCUAGAACUACUGAUUUGUAACUCUGCAUUUAAAACUUGUCCACCUGUCUGCAGACCCGUGUGCCUUUUUUAUAAAAAAGAAAACUUCCACGUCUUUUCAAGAAACCUACUAAGUACACAACAAAACAUGUUUGAUAUUGAUGUAUAAUUUUUUAAAAAAAUAUUCCUGUUUUAACGAAAUAGGUCUUCCUUUGUAGGGGCAAUACUUGUUUCUUUAUUGCAGUUUAAUCACGUUGACUUGCUAAAUCAAGCAGGGUGCCCUCCUCUUUGCAUUACUGCACCAUUGGUCACUUUAUCAACCCUGCAAAACCUGUGUUGUUAGCUACUGAAAAAUGUCCCCCCACCCGCCCCCAGUUAAUUGUUUUUGACCUUUCUUUUGCACAGGAUAAAGUGUAGCUUUCUGUUCCAUAGCACAAUACAGCACAUGUAAAAGUCAACAUACUGAGGUAAUGUGAUGUGCAUUCUCCUCCCCUUAUUUUUUUAAAAAAUACACUCGGUGGAAGUUGCACGUUUGGUCCUUUGUGUUUUCUCUUCCCCACCGUUCAUGUCCCCUUUUCUCUCUUGCACUUGCCUUGAGCUCUAACAUGUCCAGUACUGUUUAUAACAGUGUAUUUAUUACUUAAUGUAUAUAAUGUAAUGUUUUGUAAGUAUUAAUUUAUAUAAAUUAACAUUGCCUGUCAGUGGUGAUGUUACUUGUGUAGAAUACUCUGCAUAAGAGUUGCCUUUCUUGUAACCUUUUGUAUUGCAUAAAGUAGAGAAACCUGAACAUAGCUUAAAAGAGACAUAUUGAACCCAGAGAGGGCAUUCAGGUAGCAUUGGCUCACGGGGGUUUCAUUUUCACUGGCAUUUGGGAAAUCAUCACAGUUGGUGGGUGAUGGAGAAAUAUUUAGAAUCAUCUGUUCAGAUGAUGUGAAACUACUGAAACUUUGAAAGAGGAAACCUACAGUAAAAUGCCACAAAAUGUUAAGUGUCAGUUUCCAAUUAAUGAACAACCCAAUGUGAAUUUCUAUGACAAAAUGUGAACUGGUGUUAUAAUUGUGCUGUGAAACUUCUUCCAACAAAGCUUGUUAGGCAUGUAUACAGUGCCAAUCUCAGUUUGUAAAACUAUGUUCCAAGCUUUCAGUCCAACUUGUGACUAACUAGUUGAUGAAAUAGCACAGUUGUGCAUGAUCAGUGGGUUUGUAUGUCUGUUGAACACUGCAUUGUUCCAGGUGGUUAUUUUGUUUCAAAGUUUCACACAAUGUAUGUUGUUAUAGUAUUAUAUAUUGUGUUCAGAUGCAUUCUUAAGAGAUUUUUAUAUGAAGUGAAUAAAUUAAAGCAUGACUUAG